GGAGUUGAUUGGGAGAGAACUGGUUUCACCACUCCUCUGCCUGAGUCUUUCAUCAUAACUCGGCCAGGCAGGCGGAUUUUGCAAUGCACGAGCCCCAGUCCGUCAACUGGCUCUAGAGAGAGCCUCGUGCAAAGGGCACCACGCUGUUGCCCAGAUGUGUAAGGCCUCUGGAGAAGGAACCGAGAGAGCUGCAGGCUGCCAGAGCUGAGGAGGAGUGCUGCAAAGGGUCAGAAGCGCCUCCACAGGGAAUAUGGAGCUGAGAUUUGCAGUGACGAAGGCAGUUCUCUCCUUUGAGUUCCUUUUCCUGCUCGGGGCUUCUCUUCCUCGCGAGGUACCCAGUAAAGAAGGUAAGGGCACUUUGGGAAAGAUGGGCGUGGAGUUUUCGGUUAAACUGGACAAACUCCUUGGAAAGCACCAAGGAGGGAAAGCUUCGUUUUCCAGGCAAAAACUGCAAAAAGAAAACUGCUGGAGCAUGUUAUAGGGAGUCUUGGGUUAGGAACAGCUUAUUAAAAAAAAGUUGCACUGUGUGUUGAGUUCCGGCAGAUGAGAAAUUAGGAAAGAGCCUCCUCACGCACUUGUGAUUUUUAAGUGUGCACCUAAGAAUGUAAAGCAUGAAUGUGGUGGACCUGUGUUCUGUCAGUACAGGUGUGCUUAGUGCUGGGUUGACUGUGGCACCAAGUGGCAAACUUGGAAUUACUGCUGCGUUGUGUGUGAAACAGCCUUAGGUGGUAAAGAGAUGCUUGAAAAGGCCUUGAUUGGCAAGCUCACUUAACCAUCUCUGCCCGUCAUGAAGCUGAUUUUACUUACCUGGAAAGUAGCAUUGAAGUGAGGAGUGGCAUCCCCAAUACGUGAAAAAUCUCUCAAAAUAACACAUGCUUAGUCUUAAGCUCUAGGUUUUUUUGCUUGAAAAAGAGGGUCUUUGUUUUUACUUAGCUUUCCAGGCCCUGGUGUUUUGUUUUGUUUUUAAAAAAACCUUUCUUUUUUUGAAAUAUAAAAAUAUAUUAGGAGCAGUGAAAUGCCCUGAUAUAAGCAAGCUGUAGGCAAAUGAUAUGACUCCAAGGACUUUAUAGAGCCCAUUACUUUAGAACCUUAGCGCUAACCUGAAUCACAUAUAUAUUCCGCUUACACGGAGCAGACACUCUGUAGCUUGUAAUUUCUGUGCCUGGAGAUGGUUCUCAGUACUAUGCCUCUCCCACCCACCCCGGCACAGUACCACAAAAAAUAAAAAUUAUAAUCUGGCAGAUUACAUGCAAGACGUAAAACAAAGCAGUAGUUUUCUAUGAACCCAUCCCUGUAAGGAGUAAAUAAUAAACAAUGAGGAGGGUCAAGAAUGUUUAUGGACCUUUAAGGAUAACUCUGCUGAAAUUCAAAGUUCUCAUUAAGCAAGACAGAAUGCUUAAUGAAACAGACAUUAAAAAUAAAUAAAAUUUCUGUCUAUUGCUGUCCAAAGGGUAUAUAUCUAUUGAUUCCCAACCCUAGCCCUCAGCCAGCUGAAUGAGCUUCUGUGGCAUGGAGUCACUGAGAAGCUUCAAUGAUUUCCCCCUUCCUGUCUAACCAGCUGCCCUUGCUAAGCCUCCUAGCAAGCUACCAUCUGGCAUUCCACCAAGCUUUCCUGAUUAUUCCAACAUGAAAAGGGGGAAAUACAUAAUAAUGUUUGAAUAGUUAGCACUAUAUAAAUCACAUGACAUUUUUUGGAAUUAUUUAUUUAUUUAAAAGAUAUUUAUUGGUUUUUAAAAUACAAAAUUAUAAAACAUACCACACAAUUUAUCACAAAUACAUUCAUUAUUGGACUUCCAUCAGCAUCUCUGUUAAUCCUCCAUCUUAAACGCUUUUUCUGCAUUUCCUAACUUAAUAUUGCCUUUAGCUCUCAUAACAUAUCAUCUCUCCUUCUCCAUUUUUACAAUAUUUCUAAUGUUAUCCCUCACAGAACUUCUUGAAAACCUACAAACGUCAUCUGAUCAUCACAUAUACUUUUCAAAUAAUCCGCAAAUUUACUCCAGUCUUCGCUAAAUUUCUGGUCGCACCGGUUUCGGAUCCUUCCCGUUAGUUUGUCGAGUUCCGCAUAAUCCAUUAAUUUCAUCCUCCGUUCUUCCAUCAUCGGUAAUUCUUCUUGCUUCCAUUUUUGGGCCUUUUUGGAAUUUGUUAAAAUUUAUUUUUAUCAUUAAAAAUUUACAUUCAAACAUUUUGUGUAAUCAUUUUGUGAUAUUCUCUGAAUCUCGUGACUUUCCCCCAUCACAUACAUGGGUCCUUAAAACGGAGUUUAAAACUGCAUAUCAGUAUGUUGUCCAUAAUUUUCAUUUUUCCAAAUUAUCCGUAAUCUUCGUUACUUUACAAGUGUUUCUUAGAGUCCAGCUAGGGUUUUAAUUUGCUUACAAUGGCCUCCUAGGUAAGUUAUAAAUUUCCCCCAUUUUUUAAAUGUCCUUUUCUUCUUGAUUCCUGAGUCUCCCUGUUAGUUUUGCCGUUUCGGCAUAGUCUAGCAUUUUGGCUUGCCAUUCUUCCCUUGUUAGGAUUGACGCUUCUUUCCAUCUUUGGGCUAAUAAUAUCUGUGCAGCUCUUGUCGCAUACAUAAAAAGUCUUUUCUGAUCUUUUGGAAUUUCGGUACCUGUAAUUCCAAAUAAAAACGCUUCUGAUUUUUUGACAAAAGUUAUUUUAAACAUGUUUUUUUAAAGUUCAUUAUAUACCAUUUCCCAGAAUGAUUUUGUUAUCUUACAUGUCCACCACACAUGAUAAAAGGUACCCUCCUUUUCUUUACACUUCCAGAAGACAUUUGAACUUGUCUUGUAAAUUUUAGAUAAUUUAGUAGGAGUCAAAUACCACCAGUACAUCAUUUUCGUAUACAGUGAUACCUCGGGUUACAUACGCUUCAGGUUACAGACUCCUCUAACCCAGAAAUAGUGCUUCAGGUUAAGAACUUUGCUUCAGGAUGAGAACAGAAAUCAUGCUCUUUUGGCGCGGCGGCAGCAGGAGGCCCCAUUAGCUAAAGUGGUGCUUCAGGUUAAGAACAGUUUCAGGUUAAGAACAGACCUCCAGAACGAAUUAAGUACUUAACCCGAGGCACCACUGUAGUUUUCUUUCAGCGUACAAAAAUCACAUGACCUUUGAUGCUUUUUAUUCACACAUUCCCCCAUAUAAUUUCUAUUGAAGUGUUGAAGUUGUAAGAAAAGGAAAAUUUGGCAUAGGGAAAAUGAGAAAGACAGGAGGAGGAGAUGAUACCAGAAGAAAAGCAUUAUGCAGCAUCAAUGCUCUCAUGCUUGCUGUACACCUAUCCUGACUGAGACCAUAGCAGGUUUGAUGAUGGUACUGUGAAUUCUUUGCUAGGGAUCCAUCCAUGCCAAACCACUCUUUACUUCACUUGUCACAGCUAUAGUUCCCAGGACAUUUAAACCAACUUAAGACUAUAAAGGUGAAAGGACCCCUGACCAUUAGGUCCAGUCGUGACCGACUCUGGGGUUGCGGCGCUCAUCUAUCUUUAUUGGCCAAGGGAGCCGGCGUACAGCUUCUGGGUCAUGUGGCCAGCAUGACUAAGCCGCUUCUGGUGAACCAGAGCAGCGCACGGAAACGCCGUUUACCUUCCCGCCAGAGCGGUUCGUAUUUAUCUACUUGCACUUUGACAUGCUUUCGAACUGCUAGGUUGGCAGGAGACUUAAGACUAUGGUGUGGUGUAAAUAUGGCCCAGAGACUUCACAGGUGAUUAGUGUGAAGGGAAGUCUUGGUAAUAAUUGACAUUGUUAGUCAAAAUGACUGCGAUUAAAAUCACUCAAUCAGAAUACUUUAGUUUCACCAGUUUGUCAGCAGACCAAGCAAGUUUACAUCAUUGUGUCUGUGGCUGACAACAUAUAAUAUCGGAACGAUCUCUAAACCUGAAAUACGGAAAUAUGGCAUAACUAAUUGGUGAAAUUACUGGGUUAGAAUGACAUUAGCAAAUGGGGAAUUUAUAAAGUGAUAAAUAUAUUUGCUCUGCACACUGCAGGUGCAGAGUUCACAAAACUCAUGAGAACUUCGAAGCUGAACGUAUAUAAGUGCUCUUCAAAUAUUGAUUUCAGUAUUUCAACGUCUCAUGAAAACCCUGACGGCCUUUACGCCCUUCCUCUUUGGCCUCUAGCUCUGUUUGGCUGGCACCUUCUCCUUAUCUAAUGCAGUGAUACUGUUGAAGUUUUCGAAUAACGGGCUCCUUGUAUGAAUUGCUUAAAGUAGUUGUUUUUAUUAUAAGAUGGGUGCCCUUAUCCGAAACCCUUAAUCUGCUUUUAAGGUAAAGGGACCCCUGACCGUUAGGUCCAGUCGUGACCGACCCUAGGGUUGCGGCGCUCAUCUCGCUUUAUUGGCCAAGGGAGCCGGUGUACAGCUUCCGGGUCAUGUGGCCAGCAUGACUAAGCCGCUUCUGGUGAACCAGAGCUGCGCACGGAAACACCGUUUACCUUCCCACUGGAGUGGUACCUAUUUAUCUACUUGCACUUUGACGUGCUUUCGAACUGCUAGGUUGGCAGGAGCUGGGACCGAGCAAUGGGAGCUCACCCUGUCACGGGGAUUCGAACUGCCGACCUUCUGAUCGGCAAGCCCUAGGCUCUGUGGUUUAACCCACAGCGCCACCCGCAUCCCAAAAAUCUGCUUUUAACUAGUAUCAAAAUGUAUUUGGAGCCGAUGUUCUGCAUUUCCAUGGGCAAGUUGCAUCAAACCAACCUGUCAAGGUUCAUAGCUGUCCAGAACCUGAUUACUUUAACCCCCUUACUUGAUCCCACUUUACAUGUUACACACAUGAAGGGAGAAAAGAAGGAAUGGCCAUAAAUGAGCACAUUAUUACAUCACCCUAUGCCUCUGCUUCCCCCUUCUUCAAGAAAACUUACUCUGAAGAUGCUGCCCAGAAUUUUCUUGGAGAAAGAGAAGUGUGAAAGAAGUCUUUUAAAUUGAAUUUAAUCUCCUGUGGGAAUGAAGUGAUAGGUCUAAUUAGUGAAUAGCUCGCAGGUCUGGCAAGAAGGACGUCCCUUCACUACAUAUCCUAUUGUUACUGUGCUGGCUGCAGAUAACAAGCGUUGCUAUUCUUUGUAACCCUUCAUUUCCAUAUAACUUUAUGCCAAAUACAUUUUACUUCUCUCUCUCUUUCUGCAACGCCCACCCCUCUGGAUUGAUUUAGAUUGAGGGUACCAGUGAAUAGCACCCAGAAAAGGAACUCUAUGUCAGACAUGGGGGUUUGCUUGAGUCGGACUCACUGAAGCAUUUUUUGAGUGGGUGAUUUAUUGAGUUGUAUUCUGCCUACUUCUGGCAAUGAAUUCAAAGCAGUGUCGUGCCAUUUUAAACAAUCACAGCUUUCUCCCCCCAAAAAUCCCAGGAGCCGUAGUUUGUUAAGAGUGCUGAGACCCUUAUUCCCUUCACAGAGAAACCAUUUUCAGAGUUCCCUGGGAAGAGAGAGUGACGGUUAAAUCAAUAUAUGAAUUGCAGCUCUGUGUGGGGAAUGGGGGGGGGGGGUGUUGGUUCUCCUAACAACUCUCAGCGCCCUUAAAAAUGCAUUUUCCAGAAUUCUUGUCAGGAAACCAUCACUGUUUAAAGUGGUAUGAUACUGCUUUGAAUGCAUAGUGCAGAUGGGGGGGGGCAAUGUCGCCUACCCUCUCAAUUCCAGCAAAUAUAUUAUGAACCCCUCUUGUGAGCUGUGCACAGUGUGGCAAGAUUUCAUUUCAUUUCUUCUUGAAAUAUUUCUUGAAAAUGUGAAAUAGGUCACAUUUUGGAGCAGAGCUUUCACAGGGCAGCUUACCUAAAACAACCACAAAUUCCAAUCACACGUUUCAAUUAAAAAACAACAGCAGCCAUUUUAAAGCAAUCUAAAGUGACACCUGGGCCAGCAGGACAACGUUCGAGACCAGAUCUGGACAAUCCAGAUUUUUGUUGUAUUAGUGGAUGUCAUAGGAGAUUGGGGAAGCUAUCAAGUCCCACUGUUUUAAUUAGUGCCGAUACUUCUCCCCCCAGUUUCUCAAACCUUUUCCUCCUCAGCAAAAGGGUUCCCAUUUUUCUCUCACAUUCUCAGGGUGUUUUAGAAUUUCUUUAAAAUAUGAGUGGUUGUGGGGUUUUGAGCUUAUUUUAUCAUCGUGAGAUGGCCAAGGGUGGUACAUGUGCUACCCGUUCCUGUAAACAUCUACCCAGAAAUUUGCAGCCUCCCCAGCUGACCAUGAUAUUAAAAAGGCCCAUGGAAGAAGUUACCUUAUGAUGUUUUCCCCUGGGCUUUAACUGACACGUGGGCACCUGGGAAGGCUGCAGAGUGCCAGCUGAGAGGAUUUCUAGAAUGAAAGAAAGGACACUGAGAAACCAAAACACACUCUGUCCACCUCAAAAGUAAGAUAAGCACAACAAAAACCCUACCCUGAGAGUUUCACCCCUUCAAAUUAUUCUCUCCCCUUUGAGAAGUUUCUAAUGCCUUUUUCCAUCUCAUUAAUUGAUGGAGAAUGUUUGUUUGUUUUACCCUGCAGAAGAAAUUUUCAGCACGGCAGCUUAAAUUAUUAAGCACCGAGUUGAAAAUGAGUCACUGUGGCCUUAAUGGUCAUUCUAGCCUCUUAUUAGUCUGCAGCACAAUACAGAAAUCCAUUUGAGAUGUGUCAGAAUGAAGAAAGUGGAACAAACUGUGGGUAAUGUAGCAAGAAAAACAACUUGCUCAUCUUGGGCAUUUCAAAGCGGGUUUCUUGUGUGUUCUUCUUCCAUACCUGCAGAAGCAUUCUUCUACUCCAUGCAAACUUAUGAAAGACAAGGAUCCUUUAGACAUAGACCUCCCCUCUACCCAACAUGGAUAAAUAAACAUUAUGGGCAGUACAGAUCAGAUCCUCAGCACAUGCCAAAAUGCAAGCAGUCAUCCAGGGAGAAGAGUAGCAAGGAAAGGGCCUGCUCAGAUCCACUCACCCUAGUCAUAGCCUACUCAGAGGCCUGUAGGCCCUGCUGAACAUCCGUAUCAGGGCAAUAGGCAAUAUUGGGCAGAAUUGGAAGGUUCAAUUUUCAGGUCCUGGUAUCUCCAGUUACAAGGAUCUCCAGCAGCAGGGCUGGGCCUGAGGCAGCUCAUUUGGUAAAGCCUGAGCCUCUUAAUCUCAGGGGUGUGGUUCGAGCCCCAUGUUGAGCAAAAUAUUCCUGCAUUAUAGGGGGGUUAGACUGGAUGACUCUGAUGGUGCCCAUGAUGCUAUUAUCUUGUAGUCUGCAAACAUGGAGAACCACCGUCAGUAAGAGUUGUUAAGGAGACUUCCUGUAGUUAAGAAGCAGAGUCUAAAUGUUUUAUAUGAGCAAAAAUCUAUUCCCGCUGUCCCUACUUUCCUUCACUUUUUGUUCCUGGCCAUAGUAAAACACUCCCUUGUGUUGCCCUUCGGAAGCACAGCUUUAAAACGGAGUUGUGAGUUGUCUUCUGGUUUCCGGCACCACCUCUCGGUUGGCUGACUGAAAUCAGUGGUAGUUCUAAUCCGACGUUGUUGGGAGUCUGGUAAAUAUUUUGCAGUGGUCUGCACAGAGAAACAGUCUGGUAAGACUUCAAGUUGAAAGGAUAAAGAAGACUUAAGGUUUAUUACUCACAGCAAACAAGGCCAUGCUAAGCACCUGUUUUGCACGUGGCCAAGAUGGAGCCAAUAGGUUAGCAUUACAACCACAUGCUAAUUCAUUCCGUCACUAACCUGGACUAACUUGGCGAAGGAGGAAGGAAGUAGAAGCCUGAACAGAAGUAAUCUGCUUUACUAAAAAGUACUUCCUAGAAAAGAGUGUGUGAGGCAAGAACAGAUUGCCUUUUUGGCCUAUAAACACUGCCCUCUGCCCCGUUCAUGUAACUAGUUGCAAGCAUUGUUGCUCUACUCCAAGCAAAAGUAUCUGGAGGGCAUCAGGUUGGGGAAGCCAGCUGUAGAAGUUAAAUCUGAGAGUACAGGGUGGAUGCAUCUUCACUGUAGUGCACAUGCACACUGAAUGCAAGUGCAUCAACAUUGAAGCACCUCAUAGGCAGAAGCUCUUUUCACACACUUCAGGCGGCGACAUUCAGAUUAAACUGUUUGUUGUCGUUGUUUAGUUGUUUAGUUGUGUCGGACUCUUCGUGACCCCAUGGACCAGAGCACUCCAGGCACUCCUGUCUGCCACUGCCUCCCGCAGUUUGGUCAAUCUCAUGCUGGUAGCUUCGAGAACACUGUCCAACCAUCUCGUCCUCUGUCGUCCCCUUCUCCUUGUGCCCUCCAUCUCUCCCAACAUCAGGGUCUUUCCCAGGGAGUCUUCUCUUCUCAUGAGGUGGCCAAAGUACUGGAGUCUCAGCUUCAGGAUCUGUCCUUCCAGUGAGCACUCAGGGCCGAUUUCCUUAAGAAUGGAUAGGUUUGAUCUUCUUGCAGUCCAUGGGACUCUCAAGAGUCUCCUCCAGCACCAUAAUUCAAAAGCAUCAAUUCUUCGGCGAUCAGCCUUCUUUAUGGUCCAGCUCUCACUUCCAUACAUCACUCCUGGGAAAACCAUAGCUUUAACUAUACUAGUAUCAUAUUAUAGGACAAUGGUGUUUUAAAUCAGCGAUGGGUGAGCUAUUGCAAAGCAGCUGAGAAGAGCCUUUAAGUGAUGUUUAACACUUGGAGGCCUCCGGUAGUGAUCCUUGCUGUGAUAGCACUGGUGCUAAAAGUGCACAAGAGUGUUCCACUUCUUAUCUGUUAGAUGUUACUACUGUGUGGGUCAGUGAUGCUCCAGACUUAAAAGAGCACUUUAUUAUCACCCUAGGUCUUCAUUAGAGGAGUAGAUAAGGAUUCUUCAGACCCCACAGGUUACUUCAUUGGGGAUUUUCUCUCAUGAGCUUACUACAUGCUCUGAUUUACAGACUUCACUGAUUUGUGGAGAUAGUGAAAGCAGGGCUUGGGUGGUAAUAAGAAAAAGCACAAUAUCAUCACAGUAACACAGAUGUGUGCAUGUAAUGCUUUUUUAAUUAAUAGCAACAUUUAUAUACAGGCAGUGACCAUUUUAGGCAUGAUUGUGCAUGUGUGCAUCACACCAAACCCGGAAGUGGCCCAGAAACGUCACAGAAAGUGACGGUGGUUGAACAGGCUUUUUCAAUGGUGUUUCAAAUAUAGGUGAUUUCACUUAAACACGCAGUGCCUUGGAACAUGUUGUUGUUUAGUCGUUUAGUCAUGUCCGACUCUUCGUGACCCCAUGGACCAGAGCACGCCAGGCACUCCUGUCUUCCACUGCCUCCCGCAGUUUGGUCAAACUCAUGUUUGUAGCUUCGAGAACACUGUCCAACCAUCUCGUCCUCUGUCAUCCCCUUCUCCUUGUGCCCUCCAUCUUUCCCAACAUCAGGGCCUUUUCCAGGGAGUCUUCUCUUCUCAUGAGGUGGCCAAAGUACUGGAGUCUCAGCUUCAGGAUCUGUCCUUCCAGCGAGCACUCAGGGCUGAUUUCCUUCAGAAUGGACCUUGGAACAUAGCCCCCAUGUAAAUUGGGAGUUGCCUGUGUUCUUUUUAUCUCUGUGAACUGCCCUGAGGGCCAUUUGGCUGAAAAGCAGUAUAGAAAUAUGUAAGAUAAAAAAAAUGAAUGUGAUUGUGGCAUAAAUAACAAAAGUAUUGUAGCCCCUUCAAGACAAACAAAUUUAUUGUGGGAUAAGCUUUCAUGGACUAGUCACUAGAGUAGAUGUCAUCAGAUUCAUGAAAUGUUACUAACUGGUAGAUACACACAGGAAAAAGGAGAGAGAUUAAAGGAGAAGGAGAAAGCAUUGAAAGCACAAUUCAAGAUAUUAAAAGAUCAGGAGUAAAUAAUGGGCUGAUGCACACAAAAGGGCUUAAAAGGAGUUAGAGAAUCAACAGAAUGAAAUUUGAAGGAGGAGUUGGGAAAGAGAAGCAAGAACUAGGAAGCGACAACAACAACAAAAAACCUCUCACAACCAGGGCAGGGAGAGAGGAGAAAGAAGAUGAGCUGUAGGGAACGAGGGAUGAGGUUUACAGAAUAGGAAAGACCUGCACAGUUGGCCUCACCCACAUAAUUGUGGGGCUUUAGAAGCUGCAGCCGUGCUGUUGGCAUGAACCUGUGGGAAAGCAGCUUCCACCGGGAGGCUGUAAUGUCUAACGUGUGCCGUAGUCAGCCCAAACCACAGCUUGCAAAUCCACUUCUAAUCAUGGUUCCAAACUGUGGUCUGAUGCUGGCUAAGAUUAGGGAAAGCACAGGUGCAGCCCUUGACUCUAAUUAUAGCCCCGAAACGGAAAGCAUGCCCAUACGAGAGGCGAGGUGGGUGUGGAAGGAGAGUGUGGGGCCCAUAAGGUGCUCUAAUCCCCUAACCAGUCUUACAUUUGCAUCACGCCAAAAAUAAGAUUGCCAACUGGAGGUUGGGAUUUUUGUUUAACAGACAUUCAGUCUUUCUUAUGUGUCAUAUCAGAACAGUGGUACCUCGGGUUACAUACGCUUCAGUUUACAAACUCCGCUAACCCAGAAAUAGUGUUUCAGGUUAAGAACUUUGCUUCAGGAUGAGAACAGAAAUUGUGCUCGGGCGGCACGGCAGCAGCAGGAGGCCACAUUAGCUAAAGUGGUGCUUCAGGUUAAGAACAGUUUCAGGUUAAGUACGGACCUCCGGAACGAAUUAAGUACUUAACCCGAGGUACCACUGUACAUACAGUAGCCCAAAGUGGGGAUCCCAUAACUGUUGAAUAGUUUUAUUCAAAAAAGUGACUGCAUGUGCAUCUUUGACUCCCAUGAUCCCCUGGCCUGUCAUUCCUGUCUCUGGUUAGUUCCCUGAGGCAACACUAAUUGAUCUUUUGUUCUGGUAAUUUGUCCCUGUCACUUUUCAUUCUUUUGUUAGGUCAGGCUCCUCUGUGCUGAAGAGAUGACUGCUAGUGUCAAGGCACCCCUUUCCCAUUCUAAUAAACCCCAAAUAAUGUUACGGCUGUUUUUUGCCACUUUACUUGCCACAGCAGUAGACAAAUCAUGGUGACUUCUUCUGGGAGUCAUUUGUUCAUGAGAGGAACUUGAAGUAUGAGUCAGUAAUUCUCUCAGCUCAGCUGCUGCAAGUUCUGUGAUUUAAGAUGUACGUUUCAGAAAUCAGGUUGGUGUGGCUGAGAUCCAUUAACUGUUGGCUCAGACAUUUUAUUGCUUGCAAAAUGGAUGGAAUACAGAAAGGACAAGGGCUCCUCUUCUGUGCUCCCCCCCCCAUUUUUUUAAAAAAUAAAAUUGUGUGGAAAGAGGAAGGGAGACCUUUCAGCCAUGUAAAGGAACCAGAGGACAGUGUGAAGUAUAGGGAUGAGUCCUGUCAUGAGCCAUAGAGGCCUGGGGUACCACAUUUGGCACAUGGCCUGAGAUUCCCCAUUCCUUGUUUACAUUGUCCACAUCUCACUACCAGUCUCUCUUUAAAAUGGAUGUGUUUUAUUUUGUAGUACAACUUCCAGGUGCCCAGGUGUCCCAAAGACUGGUAAGGUCCAGUCCAGGGGUAGGCAACCUAAGGGCCGUGGGCUGGAUGCGGCCCAAUCACCUUCUCAGUCCGGCCUGCAGACAGUCCAGGAAUCAGCAUGUUUUUACAUGAGUGGAAUGUGUGCUUUUAUUUAAAAUGCAUCUCUGGGUUAUUUGUGGGGCAUAGGAAUUCAUUCAUUCCCCCCCAAAAAAUAUAGUCUGGCCCACCACAUGGUCUGAGGGAUGGUGGACUGGCCCACGGCUGAAAAAGGUUGCUGACCCCUGGCCCAGUCCCUAUGUAGGGUGGCAGUUAUGCAUCCCCAAAGGUGAUAAUUUGCAUCAACAAAAAAAGAGGACAUCCAUUUGAGCAUAAGAAUUUAAUUUAAGUGUAGUAUAGGUGCAAAUGUAGGAGUAAUUGACAGAAUUUAAACAGAUGUGCAAUACCUCUCUCCACAGUGUGUAAGACACCAGGUGAUGUGUGUCUUCCCAGUCUGCUGUGCAGGUGUUGCUAUGUGUUGAUGGGGAAUCUUCAGACCUUUCUUGAUCUGCACAGCUCUCAAACAGAGGACACAUUCAAACAGAGGACUCUGCCUCCCUUGGAGGUUUCCAAGCAGACGUUGGAUGGCCAUCCGUCAUGGAUGCUUUAGUUGAGAUUCCUACAUUGCAGAGGGUUGGACUAGAGGAAUCUUGGGGUCCCUCCCAACUCACAAUUCUAUGAUUCGGUAAAGGAGGACACAUGUGCAUCCUAUACCUGUGACAAGUACAGGAACAACAGGAGAUCUUGGUGCUGUAUAGCAAGUGGCAGCACAGGAUUGGCUCUCUGGGAUCGUACGAUUCUCAAGGUCACAGAAUCACAGACCUGUAGAGUUGGAAGGGAUGAUGAGGAUCAUCUGUUCCAACCCCCUGCAAUGCAGGAAUCUUUCACCCAAUGUGGGGCUCAAACCUACAACCCUGAGAUUAAGAGUCUCAUGCUCUACCAACUGAGCUAUCAGGAGGUCCCUUCAUACCUUUAUGGUUCCACUAGUGACUUUCAAUGAAGCUGCCUUUCUUUGGCAUAAAGGAUAGCCUGUACAGUAAGGGCCUAUUACAUGGUGACUUGAAAUCCAAUAUUUUGCUGCCUCUCCUUCUAAUUUUUGUUUGUUUUCUGAUUUUCAGUGAACCUUCUUGACACGAGCAUUGCUCAGAAUGAGCUGGGUUGGUUGCCACAUCCUCAAGAAAACGGGGUGAGUAGCCAGUGCAUGUUCAGAAAUAGAACUGGAAGCAAUCUACCUGUAUAUUGAAAUGCAUGGAGGGGUUUUGUGGCGGUGGUAGUGACACCUCUGGCGGUGAUAGGUUGCCAUUGGCUGAGGUUCUCUGAUGUCAGAGAGGGACAAUGCAGGUUGAGGUCUAUAGAGAAUGAGAGGCAGAAGAGGCAGAGGCCUUAGAAAAGAUCAGAUGAGGUAAGAUGGCCCGUUAUGCUUUGCCAAAAAAAAUUGGCAGACCAAAAAAAAAGACAUAAAUUUGCAUAAACUCUGUGCAUGAUAAUUUAUGUGUAUAUGUAUUCAUAUGUACACACAAAUGUAGAAAUAACUGGUAGAAUUUAAAUAGAAAUACAAAACAUCUUACAAUAGUGGGGAAGAUGCCAGGUGACUUGGUUGCCUGAUCAGUUUGCUGACUAUUGAUGGGCAACUUCUCAUUUUUUUUCCGUUCCUGAGCUUUAAACCAGACUUAGACUGGAAUGGACAGCCCUCAAAUAGAGGGCACCUUCAAAUAUAAGACUGACUACAGUAGUACUUUGGGUUACAGACGCUUCAGGUUACAGACUCCGCUAACCCAGAAAUAGUACCUCGGGUUAAGAACUUUGCUUCAGGAUGAGAACAGAAAUUGUGCGGUGGCAGCGCGGCAGCAGCGAGAGGCCCCAUUAGCUAAAGUGGUACCUCAGGUUAAGAACAGUUUCAGUUUAAGAACAGACCUCCAGAACGAAUUAAGUCCUUAACCUGAGGUACCACUGUACUGACAGCCAUUUGGGAUCAAGGAUUGUCCUCUGUAAAAUAGGUUGGGUGGCUACCCUACGUAGGGGUGGGUUGAGAAAGAAAACAAGUCAAAGGAAGCAAUGAAUUGUGGCUGGGACAGGAGGAUUUGAAGGUCUACUGGGGGAGGGGGGAGAGGUGAUGAAGAGAAAAGGGUGAGGGUUGACAAAGAAAUGGAAGCUGGGAGAAAAUGGACAAGAGCUACGGAUGUGAGGAAAGCUGAAGGUGACAUUUGGACCUGAAAUAACCCGUCAAAUCUAGGUCUGCAAACCUUCACUUUGUAACCAGACAUCAGCCCAGCCUUAUAUUCCAGACCUGAGUUUUCUACACAUGGCUCUUAAAGGUAAAGGUAAGUCCAGUCGUGACCGACUCUGGGGUUGCAGCUCUCAUCUCGCUUUAUUGGCCGAGGGAGCCGGCGUACAGCUUCUGGAUCAUGUGACCAGCAUGACUGAGCCGCUUCUGGCAAACCAGAGCAGCGCACGGAAACGCCGUUUACCUUCCCGCCGGAGUGGUACCUAUUUAUCUACUUGCACUUUGAUGCGCUUUCAAACUGCUAGGUUGGCAGGAGCAGGGACCGAGCAACGGGAGCUCACCCCGUCACGGGGAUUCGAACCGCCGACCUUCUGAUCAGCAAGUCCUAGGCUCUGUGGUUUAACCCACAGCACCACCCACGUCCCACACACAUGGGGGCUCUUACUUGGCUUUUAUACCUCAUCUGGUUCCUGAUCAUCUCCCAUUCUCAGGCAGUUCCACUUCCAACUCCACCCCCAGCUUUCUCUCUCUCCUCCUCUGGACUUCACAAGACAGCAAGACAGCUUUUCUGCACUGCAAGGACACUUCCAAAUUCCUUCACUUCCCUUUUAAAGCAACUCUGUGGGCAGAAAACUAAACACAUUCAAAAGUUAGGAUUGCCUCAAAAAUGGGAGAGAACUCUAUCAAGGAUUUAUUUAUUUAUUUAAAUAUUUUUUUAUUUUAUUUGCUCAACACCUAACAAAAAAAGACAAAUUACACCAUAAUAAGAAUACCGUCAGUCACGCCCUACAUAAAGAAUUAAUAUAAAUUUCAUAAUCCAUAAACUGUAAAGUCUGCGCCUCCUAGUAUUGGACUCAUUUGAAAUAAAAAAACUAGUUUCGGGAGUAUGUUCAUCUUAAUGAUUGAAAUCCUUCCCAGGAAUGUUAGUCUCAAUCUGCUCCAGGUUUCAAGAUUCCUUUUAAUUUCUAGCCAAGUUUUUGUAUAGUUGUCCUGGAAUAAAUUAAUAUUUUUAGGGGUGAUCCAAAUACCCAAAUAUUUUGCUUUCUGGCAGAUCCGCAAUCCCGAUGUUUCUUCUAAUUCGAUUUUUUCUUGUUUCGAUAAGUUUUUAACUAAUAAUUGUGUUUUGGUAGUAUUCAACUUGAAACCUGCCACCUCUCCAAAUAUUUAAUCACCUUUACCACUCUUCUCAAGCUUUCUUUAAGGUUUUCACUCAUAAUAAUCAGGUCAUCGGCAAAGGCUUUGAGCUUGUAUGUUUUGUUGCCCAGGAUGAUGCCUUUGACAGAUUGGUCUUCCCGAAUUUGAUUGUUCGUUACCUCCAUUACCAUAAUGAAAAUAAGGGGGGAUAAGGGGCAUCCUUGCCUGGUUCCAUUACUAAUGUUACACUCCUCCAAGAUAUUGCCAUUAAUAAUUAUUUUGGCCCGCUGUUCUGAGUAAAUUGGUCGGGGCUUGAGGCAAAACAAGGGAUGGGAUGCAUGAGAAGGGGAUGGGGAGUUUAUGUCAGGACACUGUCUGUAAUCCUCACUAUGCAUAACUGUCAACCGUCCCUUAUUUGGCGGGAAAGUCCCUUAUCCCAGCGCUGUGUCCCGCUGCUGUCCCUUAUUGAUGAUGUCGCUUAAAUUUCCCGGGUUUCAAAGGAAGCAGCUCCUCUCCUUCCCUCCCUGCUGGCCAGGGAGGAGGGAGGCUCCAACUGUGUUGCUUGGCUGCGUUGCUCACCCAAUAAGGAGUCUAAGAACGACUGGGGGGUGGCGCUUGCAUGCCUUAUGCCAAUCAAAUCGGCCACAUUGCCUGGGGACUCGCCUUUGCUCAGCGCUUCCCAGUGGAGAGGUGAUGUGGUGGUUUUCUUUGCUGCAUCUCCUUUGCCGGGUUGCUGCUCUGUGGGAAUCACCGCUUGAGGCUUUGUUUGGCUGCUGGCUGGGCUUUCUGCCUUUGGCUCGGAGGGGCUCAGAAGUUGAACAUACCUGUGCUUGGAAAAUCCCUUAUUUUGGCUGCUGAUCCCUUAUUUUCAAGGCUGCUGGUCCCUUAUUUUCAAAUCUGUAAGUUGACAGCUAUGUCACCAUGUCUUCUCAGAAGUAAAUCCCACACACUCCAGUGGGACUUAAGUCAGAGUCAAUCUAGGAUUGUAGGUUUUGAGGAGAGGAGAGGAAGUGGGGAAAGCAAAGAAAAAGGGGGAGAGAGUAAGACUGAAGUGGCCGGGGGGGGGGGCUCUUGUGGAUUCACAACAAAUGAAAUUGCCACCUUGAGCAAAGGUGGAAGAAGCAGGGGACCAGACACCUAGUGAAGGGUGUGUACUAGGAAUCUGAAGUCACAGUGCAAGCCUAGUCAUGUUUACUAAGAAGCAGGGUUGUAGUUUUUAGCAGGAACCCUUAUAUUUUAAAAAUUAAUAUGGGGGGGGGAAGGAGGCUGGAACAGAUAAACAUAUGCCAAAUGCCCAAGCCAAAAAUCCAUCUGCAUCUCUACAGUCAUACCUCAGGUUACAGACGCUUCAGGUUGCAUUUUUUCAGGUUACGGACGCGCCGAAACCUGGAAGUACUGGAACGGCUUACUUCCGGGUUUCGGCUGUCACGCCUGCACAGAAGUGCUAAAUCACGCUUUGCGCAUGCGCAGAAGUGCCAAAUCGCAACCCGUGCGUGCGCAGACGCAGUGCUGUGGGUUGCGGCACUGCGGGUUGCGGACGUGCUUCCUGCACGGAUCAUGUUUGCAACCCAAGUGUCCACUGUAAUCAAUAAAGUUGUGGCCAUUUCUAACCCAGAUCAUUGUCUGCUUGGGUUUAUUAAUCAUAUCUUACAUUUAGCCACUGCCUGGGGGUGGCAUGGCAACUAGGCCCGCAAUCUGUCUAUCUGUAUAGCCAUUGAUUGAUUGAUUGAUUGAUGAGUUUCCCCAUCUUUUUUCCAGAAAAAAAAACCCAAUGGCUAUUAGUAUUUGUUAUUUGAUUUGUGUUUUCUGGUUUCCUUCUUUAAGAAGCUUUGCUUUUUGUAUUUCUUUAUCCUGGGUGGGGGUGGGGAUGGGGGGAAAACACACAACCCCUUUUAUGUUAAUUAAUUAUGUUAAUUGUUCAAAGCCUUGAGUUUUUAUCUUUUCAGUUCCGAAACCUAUAAUAUAACACCCUGGAGAUGUUACACAGUUUCUGUUAAAGAGAUUUUCCCAAAUGAAAUUUUUGAGCAGAUCACAGCCUUUUUUUCUUUUCUUUUUUAAACUUUGUGGAAGACUACCUAGUUAUACCUCGAACAUUCUUUGGAAUGCACUGUAAAUCUCCGUUGCCCCCGGGGAUUGUCACAUACAUUUCAGCUUGCCUUUUGAUGUUCCUGCAACGCAGUGUGCUAACCUUGAGCAUUCCAAAUUGCUACCACUUGCUCCCAGUUUAGUGUGGAGGGGUGUGUGUGUGUGUGUGCCCCUCAAACAGUACCGGAUUUAUGUAUAAGCUAAACAAGCUAUAGCUUAGGGCCCCACUCUCUUGGGGGGCCCCCAAAAAAAUUAAAGGGAAAAAAACUGGAGGUACAUUUCCAAAAUAUAAGAUAAAAAACAAAUAAAAUAAAACCUACAUACAGCAACAGUGUUCCACUAUUAAUAUACUUCUUCUUAAUUGUAUUUCAGUUCAACAGUUACUUUGAUAAAAUACAUAUUUUGUUUUGUGCAAAUGGCUUUAGAUACCUAUUAGGUCCAUAAAUUACCAUGUAGCAUAUAUUCAAAACAAAAAACAGCGACAAUUUGUUGUUGACAAAGGACAGCUGGACAUAUACAGGGCCCCAUUACCUUCAGUAGCUUAGGGCCACAUCAAACCUAAAUCCGGCCCUGCCCUCAACCUAUGGAAAAGGGUGAGGAAGGGGUCCAUGCAUACAGUUUCCUUGAGCAAUAAUUCCAAAGUCUUUCUUUUUACAUGAGUGUGCUUUAUGGGGUUAGUUUCAAGAGCAUCCUGGAGACUUAUGGUGAUUUUGUAAUUCCUUUUUUAUUUACAACUACAGUGGUACCUCAGGUUACAGACGCUUCAGGUUACAGACUCCGCUAACCCAGAACUGGUGCUUCAGGUUAAGAACUUUGCUUCAGGAUGAGAACAGAAAUCGUGCUCCGGCGGCGCAGCAGCAGCAGGAGGCCCCAUUAGCUAAAGUGGUGCUUCAGGUUAAUAACAGUUUCAGGUUAAGAACGGACCUCCGGAACAAAUUAAGUACUUAACCCGAGGUACCACUGUAUAACUGAGAAGUUGAGCAGCAUGGGUACAUGCAUUGCAGGCACACUGAUGGGCAGUGCUAGCCUAAUAUUGUGUCCGUAACACCAAAGUAAUAGCAGCCCAUCUCUGUUUUCCUCUAACUAGCCUAAUUCACAAUGUCUUUCUUUUUCACUCUCUUGACAGACACACACAGAGGCAGAACCCUCUUUUGGUUUUCCAGGGCCAAACUAAAUACAAUAAAAAUAAUGUUAUUAGCCCUUGCAUGUUUGCUUGUUUUCAGAAUUUGCACUUGGCAUGGGGGCAGGAAAAACUGAAUUGGGAUCAGGGUGCGAGAGAUAGGGAAGCCUUGACCCUUUGACCCAGCUGUUAUAUAUAAACCAAUCCGACAAGGGAUAAUGCCAGGAUGCCAUCACAUCUAGUCUGACCCUCAGCCCCAUCCCACCAGGUUUGGUGUGCCUUCUAUUCCUGGGUUAAGAAGCACCAGUUGAUCAUUAAUGCCCAUUCAGUAAGUAACUUCCUCUGUACAAAAUCUUAGGCAGAUGAUCCUUUUUUGCUUUGUAGAAUAGUAGAAACACGGUGGUAGCCCACAUUUUCAUCAAGUGUGCUACAAAUUAAGUCCAUAAUAUGAGACAGUAUUACAUCAUUGCACAUUACCAUUCAGUGCCUUUUGUGGGGGGUGGGAUACUUUGGGUGGGUCUGGAAAAAAGAGGGCUGGAAUAGGGUUGUUAUACGUCCGGAAUACAGUCAUACCUCAUGUUACGUUUGCUUCAGGUUGCGCGUUUUCAGCUUGCGUCCCAUGGUGACCCAGAAGUACCGGAAAGGGUUACUUCCGUGUUUCGCUGCUCACACAUGCACAGACGCGCAAAAUGGCCGAAGCGGCAAAUCACGACCUGCGCAGACGCGGGUUACAUUCUUUUCAGGUUGUGAACGAGCUUCCGGAACGGAUCCCAUUCACAACCAGAGGUACCACUCUACUUCAAUUGUUGAGCUUUGCCCAACAACUUUGCCCAGAACAGCUCAACAGCUUUUGUUAAGUUGUGGGUGAACAUAUCAGACGACACAGCGAUUCUUCAAACAGCUCUUGUUUAUUCACAGGCCAGGACAGAAUUGAACUGAAGGGUUCAGUCAGCCUGCUUAUAUACAGCUCCAGUACAACGUUACCGUAACAACUUUCUAGAACUAUCCAAUCACUGAACGUCACUUUCGAUCCCUUAUUUGCAUACUUAUCUAUAGUAUCCCCCUGUUGGCCCAGGGUGAGAACUUCAGCACAUAACAGCUUUUCUGUCUGGAUUUUGACUGUUUGAAAUAUGGCAACCCUAUGCUGGAACUCGCCAUGAAUGCCUCCCUUGUUCUGUUAUAAUGACAAUGGUGCCCACCUGAGAGAUGCCGGAACAAGUUCCAGUGAGUUCUGGCUGAAAAAAGGCCCCUGGUCUAGUUCAUACGCUCCAACAUUCUUCAGAUGAAAAUAGGGACAUUUUUCACUCCCCCCACCACCUCCCAAGCUCAGAGCAUUUCUACCACCCUGCUCUCUGCCUUUACCUCAGAGCUGGUGCUUCACAUGAGGUUGGGCCUUGGCACUGGUAGCAGGCUCUGCUCCUCCUCGCUUGCUCUCCAGCAGCCGUGACGAGUUGCCCAAGUAAGGAAUCAAACGAACUCCUGUGUUGCAAAGAGAACGUCAGCAAUGUCUAGGCAACACGAUGACCAUGUACAUAUGCAAUAGACAAUUGUUAUAGAAUUCCUUCAAACCAUAACAAAUACGAAAUGAAAUCUUUAGUCUCAAAGUCUCUGAAAAUCUUUAAAUGAGGCGAGGUACCAGACUUUGUACGAUGUAAGACAAGCUGUGAGGCUUUGUGUAUUCAGCAAAUAUGAUGUCCAACACAGAACAGUGAUUCCGGAUAUUGACUACUGUUUUGUAGGAUUCUUUGUCAGCGUGGUGGGAGGAUAUAGAAUUGCUUCAUAAACCCAUUUAUUUCGAAUGAAUGUAAGUAAAUGAAAAUAGCAAAUGCUGUGGAACAGUGCUCAUGUAGUCAAUAUCCGUACAUAGUCUGGUACCUCGCUGCAUUUAAAGAUUUUCAGAGACUUUGAGACUAAAGAUUUCAUUUCGUAUUUGUUAUGGUUUGAAGGAAUUACAUAAAGAUUGUCUAUUGCGUAUGUACAUGGUCAUCGUGUUGCCUAGACAUUGCUGCCAAGGAAGGAAGUCGGCAGCAGCAGCAGCCAUGGAGAGGCAACAGAAUGCUCCCUCGCAACUGCCACUGCUGCCACCACUGUCCCUCAGGGCAAUCACAGGCUCAUGGUCAUCCCCAAGAUCUACAGCAGUGGUGCUGGCAGAGAAAACGGGCAUUCUGGGAUCAAAUCAGAAGCUGGGAUGGCUUUUGUAAUCCCAGGACUGUCCCUGGAAAAUAGGGACACCUGGAGAGUAUUCUAAUUUAUUGAGUUAGGGAGCAGGCAGCAGUUUAGGGCUAGAAGAACCAUAGGCCUCACUCUACCAUGUUAUAAGCAACUUUGGGUCUUCAAUGUGUCUAAUCACGACAAUAUUUUAUACAUCAAAAUAAUAUUUUAUACAUCAAGAUGAUUACGGAACAGAAAAUGGGGUGGUUGUAAUCCCCAAAGCCCUAGUGAAAUGUACAAAGUUUCAUCAGGUUUCUGAAGCCCAGAAAGAAGCUAGCAAGGCAUGUUUCAACAGAGCAAGUUUUCUACCGGUGGUGCCACCCCAGUGAAAGCCCUGCUCCUUGUAGGUGUCAGUUUUGCUUUAGUCACAAACCACACUUGGUACAGAGCUUUAUUAGAUGACUUAAAUUCAGCAGGUUCAUAUCAGAGGAAGUAUUCCCUAAGGUGUCCUAGUCCCCAAAUUAUGUAGGAAUUUUUUAACACAAGCAACAUCUUGAAUUUAGCCUUCAGAGCGAUGGGCGGGGAAUGAAGUAGUUCUCUCAGCUAGGCCACUCUUGACAGAGGCAAGGCUUUCUCAUGUAAAUGCAUGAGCAUGCUUCAUAGCGCUAUGAUGAAUCAACAUUAAGCAUUAUUUUGCAACAGGGAGUGACUGACAGCCAAUGUGGUUCCUGGUGCAUUAGGGUCACUAUCUAGCCAUUCUUGUAAUUACUGGCUAUUGUAGCCAGGCAACCAUCUCAACAAACAUUGCUCAAUAUGCUUCUUUGCCCCGUUAUUCUAGCUGGCUCUGAAGCCUCAGGCAUGCCCCAAUCGCAAAUUUUGUCAAUUAUUUCCUUGCAGACAAAGAGAAAGAGUCCAUGGCCUGACGUUAGCCUUUGAUAUUUGUGUGCCUGUUUACACGUCGUCGACUGGCCUUGGCGUGAGUAAAGGGUAAAGGCUAUGGCUCUUGUAACCUGGAGCUGCCCUUUCAGGGGGAAAAGAGGAAGGGCAGCUGUGACCAUCUGGUGCCACCCUGAAAGGAGCAAAGCCAUACAGUCAGACGGAGGAACUGACCAUUGGACUGGGCAGCCCUCAAAGAGGAGACACCUUCAAACCGAGGGCUAACCUCUGUAAAGGAGGAUGCAUUGGCACCCUAAAAGCAUGUGAUAUUCUUCUGACCUGUGGGCUCUCCCCUGUGUAUAGUUAGGCUUCCUAGAUGUGAGUAUAAAUAUAUCGAGGAAAAUAGAGAGUUUUUAAAAUGACUCAAAGAUGCUUGCGGUUAAAACAUGAAAAUGAACGUGCUGUGAAAUGUUGCCAGAAAAAUCUGAAUGUAAUCAAUUCUCACUGAGAUGGUAAACCUCUUGGCACCUCUCUCGUAAUUUAGCAAUCACCAAGAGUGAGCGGUUGGGAAAGAGAUCAGGGAAGUGGGAAGGGCCCACCCAUUUACAUACACAUUUCUUGUUAGCUAGCUAUUUCUCAGAAACAGUAAUAGAUACUGGGUAAAGGUGAACUCAGUAAAGUUUCCCUAAUGAGAUAUUGUAGCUGGAUUUUGCUCCAAAAUGGCCAAAAUUCAGGGUUUGACCGAAAGUUUCAGGGUUGUUGUUUUCUGCUUCUUUGGGGUUCUCAAGGAAAAGUAGAUAAAUCUCAGGGUAAGAGGUAAAGGUAAAGGGACCCCUGACCAUUAGGUUCAGUCGUGGCCGACUCUGGGGUUGCGGCGCUCAUCUCGCUUUAUUGGCCGAGGGAGCCGGCAUGCAGCUUCCGAGUCAUGUGGCCAGCAUGACUAAGCCGCUUCUGGCGAACCAGAGCAGCGCACGGAAACGCCAUUUACCUUCCCGCCAGAGUGAUACCUAUUUAUCUACUUGCACUUUGACGUGCUUUCGAACUGUUAGGUUGGCAGGAGCAGGGACCGAGCAACGGGAGCUCACCCCAUCGCGGGGAUUCAAAUCGCCGACCUUCUGAUCGGCAAGUCCUAGGCUCUGUGGUUUAACCCACAGCGCCACCCGCGUCCCACAGGGUAAGAAGGUGGGUGCAAAAAGGCAAAUUGUUUUCUGCCUUCUCUUCCAAUGCUUAAAAAAAUGAACCACUUCCUUUUUACAACAGGUUUUAUUUUUAUUUUUUGGUGUUGGUAUUUAUUUUGCUCUUUUUCCGUAGAAGAGCAACAGCGAGGAGAACACUACUAAAACUGGCAUAGGCAAUGUAUCUGGGCACAUAUGAGGUAUAGAGAGGGAAUGACUCUGCACUGGAGAUAAGACAGAAGAUGCUUGAAAUCUGUAUUUUUUUAAAAGAUAAAGAAAUCAUGAAGUGCCUCCAGGUUCCACCCACCGUGCUGCAAAGUAAGGUUCCACAUGCAUGGGAGGCAGGCAGAAUAUUAGUGCAGAUUUUGUUUGGUUUAUUUUCUUAAAUGAAAGAAAACAUUUAUUUAAGGCAAGUUCUGUUCGUGGUUAGGACUACUAUGCACCAUUUGCUGCUCCACCUUGGGCAGCAAAAUCUCUCUUGGGCUGGCCUUGAUACUUGGCAAACCCUAUUCAUGCUCAGUACCUAUUACUCCAGGCAUUUCUGGCUGGGGGAAAUGUUCCUCAAGAGAUCUUUGCUUUGUUAUGGUGUGUCUGCUUUGUGUUGAACUUUUCUCAGCCUUCUCCUGCAGAGUGGGGCUUGUCUGGUUUAACUGAGUUGUGUAGACCUCAGAGUGUGCAGCAGGUUUUUCAUUCCUUCUUCUGAUUCAGUUAGGUAAAAUCUUUCAAAAAGCCCAGGGCACUCAGCUGCUUAGGAUCUGAUUUAGGAUGUUUGUUUGAUUUGUAUUUAGUAUAUUUGUUGGUGGAACAGUUCCACAGAGUGCUCCAUAUUUGGGGAUAUCUGGUGGUUAUGCUUAUGCGCGCGAUGUCAUUUUGUGUUUUUGCGCAUGUGCGAGCACCUAAACCUGGAAGUAACCCGUUCCGGUACUUCCGGGUUCGGCACGGUCCGCUACCCGAAAAUGUGCAACCCGCAGCGUUCGUAACCUGAGGUAUGACUGUACUCUAUAUCCUCCACUGAGGCAUAAAGCACAGGAUCCAACAAAACGAAUCUCUAAAUGCAUGAGAGCAGAGUUCUCAUAAUAUUACAUUGGUGAAUACUUUCCUUACUUUUGUACUAUGCUUGGCUACGUACAAACUUGUAACUGAAAUAAUUUUUUGUGGUUUUAUUUGUUGUUUGUAAUGUUUAAUGAACUAACAAAAAUUGUGUAAAAGAAGGAGAAAGAAAUGUGUUCAGAUGCUACUGACACACAUAAAUAACUAUGCAUUUAUAUUUACAUAUUUCUUAGGGUCAGUCACCUGAAAAAGUUAAUUACAACUUUAGAACCACUCCAUUUAACCGAUAACAGUAUCCAUUAAUUAUGCUGCUAAUUAAUUUUAUGGAGCAACAUAUAUUUUAGAAGGACAUUUUCUGUGGAAACAUAUAGCAGCAGAAAAUGUUCUGGGAAAUUUCUGCCCCGCCUUACUUGAUGGGAUGGAUUUAAUUACAUCUGUCCACCGGUCUUAUAAUUCUCAUGUUCAGUCACCAACCAUUUCUCAAAUGUCGUUCGGAAUAUGGUUUAAAUUCAUCCGAAAUGUUAAAUCUGCAACGCGUUUCCAGCAUUUUGUGUUGCGUUCGGUGCCAAAUUCACAGCUCAGAAAAUCCUUCCAAAGAUUUCCAUGUUUACUGUUUCAAAAUUAAAAUGCUCCCGAAACAGAAACGAUUACCGCUGAAAAACAAACUACCGUAUUUUUCGCUCUAUAACACGCACCCGACCAUAACACGCACGUAGUUUUUAGAGGAGGAAAAUCCAUAGGCAUGCCACCCAUAGGCAUUCCCUCCAUAACACGCACAGACAUUUCCCCUUACUUUCUAGGAGGAAAAAAGUGAGUGUUAUGGUGCAAAAAAUACGGUAAUUAUACGUUGAAGAAUACAAACGGAGAACUAGGCAUAGGAAUAAUUGUUAUGUUAAGUAUCACAAAAAAGACAGUCAGGUAGACCAACAAGAAACCACUAGCGGGGGAGGGCCCUUGUUUUUUGGGUCCUGACUGUGGGUUUCCCACAGGAAUCUGGUUGGCUUCUGUGAGAACAGGAUGCUGGACUAGAUCUGGUCUGAUCCAGCAAGCUCUUCUUAUGUUCUUAUCUUUUACAGCUGGUUGAAUAAGAUGUAUUUGCAAUAUGAGAGACAAACAGAUAUCACUUAGUUAGAUUUAUCAGGUAUGGCAAUCCUCCUAGAUGAGAGAAGGAUUUUAUGGACGAGUUUUUCCUCACUGCUCUCCAAGCCACAGCCUCAAGUAACAAGCAGCUAUUGUUGCAUAGCUUUCUGUUGUUGUUGGUGCAGCUGCGGCUGCUAACUAAUUAAAUUUAUAUACAGUCAUACCUUGGAAGUCGAACGGAAUCUGUUCUGGAAGUCCGUUUGACUUCCAAAACGUUCGGAAACCAAAGUGCAGCUUCCUGCAGCCAAUCAAAAGCUGCGUAAGCCCCAUUGGACGUUCGGCUUCCAAAAACAGUUCACAAACCGGAACAGUCACUUCCGGGUUUGUGGCAUUCGGGAGCCAAAACGAUAGAAAACUAAGCUGUUUGAAAACCAAAGUACAACUCUACUGCCUUCAUCCAAAGAUCUCAGGUUGGUUCACAAGAUCAAAUUUUUCCAGUGUGCUUUCAGUUUUCCAGUAUUAAACCAGCACGGAGUGUACUGCACUAACCAAAGAAAUAGUUCCAUCGUUAUGGGACUGAAAAAGACAAGAUCUGAUGACACUAAGGCCAUAAUACAGAACUCCCUUACAUGGGCGUAGCCAGGAUUUCGGGGGGUGGGGGUGGGGAGGGCAGAACCGAGCUAUCUGUAAUGUGAUUGGUCAGUUAGUUAAGUAUUUUUAUUUAUUUACUUGAUUUAGGGGGGCAGCUGCCCCCCCCACCUAUGCUCAUCUUCCCUUAUGUGAAAUAGUGUAGCAGGAGUUGCAGCCCCUCCAAAGGCUUAUAGAGAGUAAAUAUAUAUAUAUAUACACAUUAAUUCCAAAUUAUAAAGUAUUACAUGCAAAUCUCCUUCUGGGUUGCAUUGCAGGGGACCUUCCAACUCCCCAGUUCUAUGGUUCUAUGUAUGCAUAUAUGUUAACCUCUGUAAGCUGCUAAAGGGGUUGCAAUACCUCCUGGCACACUAUUUCACAUAUAGUGGAUCUAUUUUAUCACCUCUGUGAUCUAGGACCUCAAAAGUGGCUUCUUUGAUCUUAGCUAAGAUUGCUCUAAUGGAGCGGUGCCAAACUUUAGUACAGAAUUCAAAUUUGUGAAAUUUUCAAAUUCGUAAACAGAAUCAAGUUUCGUGUCCCACUGAGAUUUGAGGCUGGUGGUGUUCUUGAUAAGUAGUCAGACUGGCCACCUGAUGCUGUGGAAAGGAAUUUAAUGCAGAUGUUUCCCUUGGGUGGCAAUGAACUCUGUGACCCUUUGAACACCGUUUUCACAGUCAUUGCUCAAUAGCGGCGCUCGCCCAAAGCAGCACAUUAUGGUGUAAGGAUUUUAGCAAGGAGUUUAUGUUUUUUGUGGACACAGGGUACAUCUCCUGCCCUCAUUAUCAGAUAGUCUUAAGUGUCGGCCUUGGAUUGCUUAUCUAAAAGUGUUUUGUACACAAGGCUUAAAGGUCUUCUGUGCCUCUGCUCAUGGUUGGUGUGGAACAGCAGGUGGAACCGAGGCAUCUGUAUUGCAAAUGUCUAUUUUGUACAAUGCAGGUUUUAUUCCUGUUGGGUGCAGUCUGCAUGCAUGGAAGACCCUUGAGCAGUAAUAAGACACCUUUCCUGGGCACCCCUCCUUCAGUUAGUCCUCCCUCAGUGAGUCUACCUCUUCACCACCAUUGUCACCAACUACUGCAGCUCCUUUUCCUCAUGAUUGCUACUACCCACUUGCUUAAAGGUAAAGCGACCCCUGACCAUUAGGUCCAGUUCUGACCAACUCUGGGGUUGCGGUGCUUAUCUCGCUUUAUUGGCCGAGGGAGCCGGCAUACAGCUUCCAGGUCAUGUGGCCAGCAGGACUAAGCUGCUUCUGGCGAACCAGAGCAGAGCACAGAAACGCCGUUUACCUUCCCGCCGAAGUGGUACCUAUUUAUCUACUUGCAUUUUGACGUGCUUUCAAACUGCUAGGUUGGCAGGAGUAGGGACCGAACAACGGGAGCUCACCCCGUCGCGGGGAUUCAAACCGGCGACCUUCUGAUUGGCAAGUCCUAGGCUCUGUGGUUUAAGCCACAGCGCCACCCACUUGCUUGCUGGUGAGCAAACUGGCUUUGGCAAUGGCGUCUACUGCUCCUUGUUGUUGUUGUUGGAGAUGUUGGGAUGCAACUCAGCUGGUACCGAAGACUUGUGGGUCUGCACUGGAUAAAGUAGCAUAAGAGAGGAACUUCCCUAGACUGUCCUUUAACCUGUGCUGACCUUGCUUCAGGUGCUAGGCUGAUACUUUCAGAGUUGCAUAUUUCCUUCUUCCUCCUAGCCUUGGGAGAAGAUACAUCUGUGUGUGUGUCUUCUGCUGAUACCAAAGGGCAGGCAUGGCUCAUUGUUAGAAUUAGGAACUUUCCUAUCAAAUAUGUCUUUCCUUUAAUAAAGUUAGCUUUUUUAUUUUCCUGAACGCAGAGUCUCAGUUAUGGCCAAGGGCUAGGUGUGAUUAUCCAGCAACCAUUCAGUACUCAGUUCAAAUCCCUUUUUUAGGUCUAUUUUUAUUGAUACUUAUCAAAAUAUAUACAAAAGUUUACACCCAAUACAGAGUAUUUUUUUAUACUACACUUUUAAAAUCUAAUCUAAAAAAAGAGCAAAAGAGAAGAGAAGGGGAAAAGAAAAGAAAAAAGAGAAAAAAAUGGGAAAAGAUAAAAACACUCCCAGUUCUCUGUCAGCUAAAUAUAGUACCACUCAUUAACAUCCAACCAUUCUAUUUUCUAUAAGCCAAUAUUUUUCCCCUCUUCAAAUCCCUUUCACGCAAAAAGUCCAUAAGAAGAUUCCAAUCCUUUAAAAAAUGGCAAUAAUUGUUUUUCUCUAAUUAGACACAUUAACUUUGCCAUCUCAGCUGAGUCUAACAAUUUUAUCAGCCAUUCCUCCAUAGUAUGUAGUAGGACUAUAUCUUUCCACCUUUGUGCACAUAACAAUUUCACCGCAAUUCAGACUCCAAGCUUACAUGUUAAGCUGCGCAUAAGUUCUAAGACUUCUCACCACCAACAUUGCCUGACCCUGAGCAAGCGGUGCGUGAACAAGAAGGCUGCAGUGAUGAAGGGGAGGAAUGGGUCCUGGAGGGGUCUUAUAAAUGGCCCCCCUCCUUUGGUGCUGGCCCUGUUUUGAGUUGUAGCACAGGGGGGGGUGAAACUCUGAAGCUGCUGCCUACCAGGGGGGAAGCGAAGCAGUAGUGGGGCCAUGGUUGCAUGGCUGUACUGAUUGAAGUGCCAGAUUAGCAGCUGCGCAGAUGUCAGUGCAACUUCUCAGCCUCAACUUUGCUGCCACCCUGCCCCAGCUCAGGUCCAGAUAAGUCAGAGUGACAUGGGUGUCAGGAUGGUGGUUCUGCAAUCUUAGGCUUUUAGGCAAGGCCUGCAAGCACACUCUUGUAACUAGCACUACAUGUUCAGUCCUUGUUAGCCUGGCUGCCCGAAGCCUUUGCUUCCUCAGAAACUUCUGGUCCUCCCUUCGAAUUGCAAUGGGAACCUUUUGGGAGAAUGUAAUAAGAGCCUGAUGGCUCUGGCCAGUUGAGUCAAGCAUCCUGUUCCCACAGUGGCCAACCAGAUGGGAAGCCCAGAAGAAGACAGCACUCUGCUCCUGCAGUUUCCAGCAACUGGUAUUCCUUUGACAGCAGAAGGUUCUUGUUCCUGCCUUCUCAGCUUUUGCCAGGGCUUACUGGUUCCCUAUCAGCUGGGUUCCUGGGCCCUGGCUCCUGCAGUCACCCAACUGCUCUAUCUCAGCUGGACCCAUAUAAACCUCCACUGGUACCUGGGACAUGAAGACACAAGGGUUGCCAGAUUCCACCCUAGAGAUAGUGCCCAUUCCUUUAAGAAUUCAUGGGGAACAGGUCUGGAUUCAGCCAUUGUACCUGACUGAUCUUCCACUAGUCACUUCUUCUUGAUCUGCUGCUUUCAGGGAAGCAGGAAUCCUGACUGCUACAUUAGGGAAGGUGAAAGAGGGUGAAGGGACUGAAGACUCAAUGAAUGCAUUCUCUUUCACUGCUUUGGACAUUUCACACAAUCAGGCAGGAUCUCUGUAUCCCAGUCUGUCAACCCUGCCAGGGAGAGUGGUAUUACCCAGCCUUGUAUAGGCAGAGGAGGCCCUCCUGGUACUUUCACCACCUUCAGAAGUUGGCUUGGAGGGAUGGCAGCCAGGACAGCGCAUUAUUUAUGGCAGCCACUAAGCUGUGGAAAUCCCUCCCCACAGAGGAAAAAUCAGGCACGUUCAUUGUGUAGGUUUAGUCAUAUGCUGAUGACACACCUCUACCUUGACUCUUGAUACUUGAUAUAUAUGUUUUUAGGACGCACCCUGUUCUUUCGAUUGUAUAUUAUUUAAACUAUUUUAAUACUAUAUGUUUACAUUGAUGUAACCCACCCUGGAAUGGGGAGGGUGGGUAGGAAAUCUCAUAAAUAAUAGUAAUCCCUACUGGUUCAACUGGGGGUGUCAGAGGUUGUACCAGGACCAUAUAUAGGCAAAGUACAUACAACUGAGACGCAGCUCUUGCCAAUGUAACCAAGUAUGAGGACACCUGGUACUUUCGCAGGGUUGCACUUUAAUAUAUCAUUGUUUUCCCUGAAGUCAGCGAUCCACAGAGACAGAUUUGGCUUCUCUCCUUCCAACGUUAGUUCUUAGCAGUUAUCACUAAUGUUGUUUCUUAAUAAAUGUUCAUCUGGUUUACAAGUUGUUCUGCGUAAACUGGUGGAAAGCAUGAUUAAAGGUUAUUUAUCAAGGACGAAUCUUGCAAUAGAAAAAUCAACAAAGCUUCUGGAAAGCCUGACUGACCUUUUACAAUUCUCUGAAAGUGUCAUUAACCACAUGGACAACAGUGAUCCUGUAGAAAUUGUCUCCUUGGACUUUCAAAAAGCUUCGGCUAAAAUUCCUCAGCAAAGACUCCUGAGUAAACUUAGCAGCCAUGGGAUAAGAGGACAGGUCCUCUUGUGGAUCGGUAACAGAUUAAAGAACAGGAAGCAGAAAGUUGGAAUAAAUGCCCAUUCUCACAAUGGAGAGAUAUAAAAAGUGAGGCCCCAUGGGACCCGUGUUUUCUAAUUUGCUCAUAAAUUAUCUGGAUUUAAUAAUGUGCAGUGAAGUGCCUAACUUUACUGAUGACACCAAAUUAUUUAGAGUGGUAAAAACAAAACCAAAAAGGAUUGUGGAAGAGUAGCUCAAAAUAUCUUUUUUGUGGAUGAGUGGGCAUUAAAAUUGCAGUUGUGGUUCAGUGUAAAGAAAUGUAUACAGAUGCAUGUUGGAGCAAAAAAUCUUAACUCCACAUGUUCACCAAUGGUAUCUGAGUUGGUGGUAAGGAUAUCCCAGGACAUACGAAGCUAGUGUAAUGUGAAGAGAGGCCACCACAAUAAGAGACGCAUGUGCAGCUGCCUCCCAUGCUGCAUCAGUUUCCAGGCUGCCACAUUUCAGAUUGCAGGUGAGGAACUGAAUGUUUCAAAAGUUCCCCAUUUCGGUUUUAUUUUAUUUUUAAUCCCUCAUAACAAAAGCUGUUGCUCACGCAAGAAGGUGGGCGAGAAUGCUCUCCCUGACACACUAGUUUUAUAUGUCUGGAGAGUUGUUUUGUUUUGUUUUAAUGUGUGGGAGCGCUCAAAUAGUCAACCUCUCACUUGCAAUCUGAAGUACAGUCAACAGCAAAGGAUUUGUCAUGUCAAGCUGCAGAUUGCAUGGCUUGGCUCAAUACAAAAGAGGUUUAUAGGUGACAGACUCGGCAAGAAUACCCGCAUUUGGGCGACAUGUACCAUCAUGAGGGCAAUCCCACAGAGGCUUGUUUCAGGUGAUCCAUCGCAGCUCCCUUUGUACAGAGAGGAACAUGUCAUCCCCAAACACGAAUGCAGCAGCCUGUGACUCACGCAAUUACAGCUUCAACUAACUUUGCUUGCUUUGCAUGUAAGGGCAGUCAUUACCUCCUUUUGUCUCAUUCACCUUACUCACCUCUUUACUUUGGAGAGCAACAAGAGCAACUGCAGUGUGGGUGCCACAAAGUCAUUUUGGCAAGCUUUGGAUAACUCCUUAGGAAUCCGCCUGCAAAAAGAGCAAGCAGACUAGAAUGGUUGUCUGUGCAAUGUGUGCAUGGGACGGGGGGAAGUGCUCUAAGUGGGUUUGUUUGCCCCCUUGCUUCAUUUUUGCAUAGAACAGUGGGCCUUAGUAGCUCCAGGAGGCAUCCUUGAGGAAGGCACAGCUUUGUGCAGCUGCCUGGGAGAAAGGGACUGGCCCAAAUUGCCUAGAACUUGCCUUCUUUGCCACUAUGCUGUGCAACCAAAAUGUGCUCUUGUCACCCUCCCCAAAAGUGGGGAAGACUAUUCCUAAUCUUCUCUCGCUCCACAACUCUGUUCCAGCUCCUCUUCGCAAAAAGGCGAGGGACACACCUAUCUUUCAUUGCAUUCCUCCCUCCACCUUCCUGGCCACAGAUAAAGCUUUCUGCACAAAUAGUCAAAUUCUUGCCAAUUAUUCAAAGUUCAUUGAGAUCUACAUAUGACCUCAGGAAACACUUAUUUCCAAAUACACACACGCACACACACAUAGAAAUCCCAUUGAUACCAAUGGGAAUCAAACCCCCCCCCCCCUGUGUCUAAUUGGUGCAUGGGAAUGGGGCAAUAUUUUUUUUAGUUUAAACUGCCUCUCCUCAUGUGCUGCAGUCACAAUAAACCACCCACUCCUGCAAAUACCUAAUAUUUAAUUUUAAAAAAAACAACAGCCAUGGUUACUAAUCACACUAUUAAAGUAACAUCUGUUUAUCAUCAAGUGGAUAAGUGCUUUGAUUUGUGAGAUCUCUGACUCCAGGCAGAGGGUACGCCUGUAAGGUUUGGGAUAAGGGUACAUUUAGGGUGCUUUGUGGAGGCCCAAGAUUGACAUGGGGGAAAUUCACAGCUGCCAAAACAGGUAAACAGGUUUGGACUAGAACAUGACAAUGUUUAAUUUAGUCUCAUCUGAAGAUGAUUCACCUACAGUAGAAGAGAUGCAUUUUCUCAAUCUAGCUUCUGCCAAACAUAACACAGUCAUCAUCUCUUUUGCAAAUUUUAUAUUUAGCAAUUGGUAAUUGACUUAAAUAGUUUUCUCCUACAGGAAAUUUCUGUGGAAUUUCUAAAGGCACCAUUCCAUUUGUUUGUUUGUUUUAAUAUAGUCACUCAUCCUUUGAAAUUAUAGGCGUGCUUCAAUAUUUCUUCAUGUUUGUUUGCUCUAUUAUUCUGUAGUAGAGCCUCAUGUGAUUCUGUAGUAGAGCCUCAUGUGAUGUACAGAUACUGUAUUAAUAAUUUGAGUGUUUGAUGUGUGUAUGUGUGUGGAGUCCAAACUCCCAACACUCUUAGAUGCCUGCCCGUAAUGUACAGUUGUGGCUGUCCCAUCCAGAUACUUUGAGCAUAAGAAAAUCCUUAUUUUUUUGGAAGCAAUUUCCUAUAUAAAAAGGGGUGGUUCAAGUACGAUGACAAAGACUUACUGGUCCUUCAGAUAACCUUAUUUAAUGAGUUUGCAAACACCUAGCUAAUCAGCAGCACAUAGGUGCUUGCUGAAGUUCCAGCAAGUGGUUAGUUCUAGAUCAACACCCAAGACUAAUCCAUGGCAAGUAUUUAGGAUAUUCUCCCUCAUUUUAUUCUUGUUGGCGGUCUUGGGCCCAAUCAGCAUGUAUUCAGGAUGUUCUGAACUAGCCACAUUGCUGUUCUAUUGGGAGAGAGACAGAGGGAAGCUACAGAAGGAGCAAUCAGGUUGUGUUGUUUUAGUUUAAAGAAGGAGAAGGAUGAGAUGGUUUGGUUUCUGUGCUGAUAAAAAAAAGGCUUCCUUUAUUGCAGCACAGCACUCCCCCAGACCCAUUAGUCUUUUUCUCCAUAACCUCUGUUUCCCCAAUCUCUCCCUCUCUGCUUAAACUCUGUGUCUGUGUAAUUGCUCUGCCAAUUGUGACUUCCAGCUACCACUACCUCUACCUGCAGUUGGCUGCCCUGCCUUCCACCCCACCAGCCCCAGUGGUCAGAAUCCUGCUCCUACUGCAGGGGUGGCUAACCCCCAGUCUGGGGGCCUGAUUCAGCCCCUCAAAGCAAUUUUUCUGCCCUCCUCCCCUGUCUUACCAAUUUACCCUAUGCUAAGAGAAACAACGAGGGACGCGGGUGGCGCUGUAGGUUAAACCACAGAGCCUACGACUUGCCGAUCAGAAGGUCGGCAGUUCGAAUCCCCGCAACGGGGUGAGCUCCCGUUGCUCAGUGCCUUCUCCUGCCAACCUAACAGUUCGAAAGCACGUCAAAGUGCAAGUAAAUAAAUAGGUACCACUCUGGCGGGAAGGUAAAUGGCGUUUCCGUGCGCUGCUCUGGUUCGCCAGAAGCGGCUUAGUCAUGCUGGCCACAUGACCCGGAAGCUGUACACCGGCUCCCUCGGCCAAUAAAGCGAGAUGAGCGCCACAACCCCAGAGUCGGCCAUGACUGGACCUAAUGGUCAGGGGUCCUUUUACCUUUACCUUUAAGAGAAACAACAAAAAAUUAAAGAGGCACAGCUCAGGAAUGGGCAGAGAUGUUUAACAACCCAGCACCCUGAUAGAGAUGCAAAUCGCCCACCCCCUAUUCAUAUAUCCUUUGAUGAGUGGGAAAGGGGAUGAUAACACAGAUCACCUGAGGAGGAGGCGUGUACCGGAACAUGCUUGUGUGCAAGAAGGUGGGGUGUUCACACACACUUUUUGCCACACUCAUUGCUGUUUUUUGAGGAAAAGAGGUGCUAGGACUCACCAUGAAUGCCUCCCUUGUUCUCUUAUAUUGGCAAUGGUGCCCACCUGAGAGGUGCUGGAACUGAAUUUAGGAGAAUUCUAGCUGGAAAAAAGCCCUGGCUACAUCAAUUUAUGGUAGGCAGUCCCCAGAGUGUAGGCCAAGGAUCAAUGCAGCCUUUAGUUGCAUCUCUCUUAAGUCUUCAGGGCAAGAGCUCAUUCUCUGGACCGCUAGUCAAGAUCCUUCUUGACUGGAACUGCCAAGGUUUGAACAUGGGAUCUUUGUACAUUUUAAUCCCGCCCUGUCCCCCAAGGAGAACAGAGUGACUUUCAUGGCUCUCGUCCAGCCCUGUUUUAUUUUCUCAACAAUCCUGUGAAAUGGAUUAAGCCAAGAGACAGUGGCUGGGCAAAGCUUCCUAGCUGAGUGUAGAUUUGAAAUUGGGUUUGAAUCUGUAAUCGCUUCACCACACCAGUUCUUAUGUGUACAAGGUGUGCUCUCUGACACACAGCUGUGGACUCCCCAUGCAGCUUCUUUCCUUCUGGUGGAAGAUCCCAUCAAAAUAUUGAGAAGCAAGAAAACAUGUCUCCACCAAGUCAGGAGUAACUACUUCAGCAUUCGCAGACAGUGUUGUGUGUGCCAGAUGAUGGUGUUUUAGGGACAGGAUAACAGCUAUGUAGAUAAGUCAAGAGAUUGACUAGCCGGGGUUAUUACUUUGUCAUCACUGUAACUUACCAGUUUAAUGGCCCUGCAUGUUUUCGGGACAUGCAUUAUUCAAUUUAGAUACUCCAGACUUUAAUAGCUCAGCAGGCUUGGCUUGCAUCUGCUGUACACUUGAGAAGCAGGAAAGGCUGGAAGUUCAAAGUAAGCAAGCCAAGCCUCACCCACUGUAUUCCGGGCAGGUCACCAAAUCAACAAGGAGUGCGAUGCAAUUUGGCAGGCUCUAAGGACCUGAGAUGAUUGCUUAGCAAUCUCAGAUUCCUAAUUAAAAUGGGGGGGGGAUGAGGGGGCUUGUUCUACAUUCCUCCUCUAGUGUGGUUUCAUUCCACAUCAUUAGCUUCCAUAUAGGUUGUGGAUUCUGCUAAUGUCUUAACUCAUGUGUCAGCUAUGUUCAGAAGCACUCUACUUUGGAAUACCAGUUAACAGGGAAUGUUGGAAUGGAGAUAUUUAUAUCCACUGUACCUGUCCCCAGGUGCAGGGAAAGAAAAAGAAAUCUAGAUAGAACCCUACAGCGCACUAUAAAGGUAAAGGGACCCCUGACCAUUAGGUCCAGUCGUGACCGGCUCUGGGGUUGCGGCACUCAUCUCGCUUUAUUGGCCGAGGGAGCCGGCGUACAGCUUCCGGGUCAUGGCGAACCAGAGCAGCGCACGGAAACGCCGUUUACCUUCCCGCCAGAGUGGUACCUAUUUAUCUACUUGCACUUUGACGUGCUUUCGAAUUGCUAGGUUGACAGGAGCAGGGACCGAGCAAUGGGAGCUCACCCCAUUGCGGGGAUUCGAACCGCCAACCUUCUGUUCGGCAAGCCCUCGGCUCUGUGGUUUAACCCACAGCGCCACCCGCGUCCCUUUGAGCAUAACAUACAACAAUACAAACAACCAAAUAAAUAACUUCCUUUAUCCUGUAUCUGGCCUCCUUAUUUACUUAUUAGAAACUGUUUCCUUUAUGAAUAAUUAUUACGAUUUUUCUAAUUAUAACUUAAAUAUCCACAAAGUCUCCUGCAGACAUUAAUUGAAACAAGUCCAGGUAUGUAUUUUAGGGCACUGUUUUGUGAAGUAUUCUCUGCAUUUUCCCCAUGCUUUUUGAAACUCUUGUCUAGUGUGACCUCUAAUUGCCUCUGUUAAUCUAGCCAGUUCAAUAUACUCUAAGAGUUUAUCUUGCCAUUCCUUUUUUGUUGGCACAGUUUCUUUUUUCCAGUUUUUAGCAAUUAGGAUCCUUGCCGCUUCUGUGGCAUAGAGGAAUAUUUUCUGAUCUUCUCUUGCUAUACCUGUGUCCGUUAUCCCUAGUAGAAAGGCUUCUGUAUUUUUCAUAAAGUUAUACUUAAACCUUUUUUUUAAGCUCAUCAUGCACUGUGCUCCAGAAGCUUUCGAUUUUUUCACAGGUCCACCAAACAUGUAUAAAUGUCCCCUCUGUUUUACCACACCUCCAGCACAGAUUUGUUUUUGUCUUAUACUUUUUAGCUACUUUGGUAGGUGUUAAGUACCAUCUAUAAAACAUCUCGAUUAGGUUUUCCCUCAAUACUUCACAGGCUGUAAAUUUCCAGUUCUUUCUCCAUAGUUCUUCCCAUGCUGUUAAGUUAAUGGUUUUCCCAAUAUCUAAAGCCCACUUGAUCAUUAUCUCCUUGACCUGUUCGUCUUUGACCUCCCACUCCAAUAAUGUAUCAUACAUUUUUGAUAUUACCUUGGUUUUCUUUUGUAAUAACACUUUUUCUAAUAAUGAAGGUUUGUUUGAGAAACAUCUGUCCUGAACAUUUCAUGCAAUUGAUGGUAUUGGAUCUGACCCGUAAGGUGUUGUUUAAUUUCCUCAUAAUCUUUAAUUACCAAUUUAUUGUCUUUCCCCCUGAUCAGAUCUAUAUAUGUGGCCCAUUCUAAUUCCAUAUUUUUCUUUUUUAUUGUAAUUGCUUCUAGAGGUGAUGCCCACCAUGGUGUUUUCGGUUCUAGAAGAUCCUUAUAGUUUGUCCUUGUUUUAUAUAAUGAUUUCCUUAUGACAUGAUUCGUAAAUCCCCCUAAUGAGAUACCUUUUAUUUUAAUAUCACUUCUUAUGGCAUUCAUCAAUAAUUCCAAUAAUUUCCUUUUCAUGCUCUGCUUUUGUGCUUUCCAAGGACGUCUGCUAGGCCACUGUUGGAGACAGUGAUAGAGCAUAAGCAGUGUUUACAUUAACACCCAGUAGUAAUUGUUUUUAGUUGUUGGAAUUCUAGAUACUGUAAAUAAAUAGUAACAGGAUGUGGUCUUCAUAUGCAUGAUCCAUAAGACACAUAUUAACUCUUUUGUGCACCUUUGCAGUUAUUACUAAUGUUGUCAACCAAUCAAAUAAUAUUUGGUUGAUUUAAAAUUAAUAAAUGAUUCAUCAGUUACGUUUAAUUUUUUUUAAGCAUGCAUAUUGCCACUAUUUCAGUGUAGGAGCCUUUUGAGACAUUGAACGAAAUGUAAAAUAACUAGCAAUUUAAUUAAUAAAAUCUCACUAUUAGAAGGGUCAUCUUUACAUUUUUAAUUCUCAUUCCCUUUUACAGUAACACAAGAGGGGCCUCAAAAGAAGUGGAGGGCGUGACGCGACAAGAGAUAUGUUCCUAAAACCUGCAGAUCCAUCAAUUAAAAUUUCCCUCGUCAAUUGAAAUUGGCUCCCACUGAUCAAGCAGCUAAGCCUUGGGUUGAUUAAUCUCUUGAUUAAAUGAAUUGCAGCUUACAGCCCUAGUUAUGACUGCACUUGAAAGGAUAACUAUCACUUACAGGAAAGCAUCAUUAUGCUUAUGCAGAGAGAGUAUUCAAAUUCAAAAACAUCACCUAGGAAAUUCUUAGCACUAUAAGGCGGGCAGUUCUGUACUUGCAUUACUGUAGAUGAGUAGCUGUCUAAGGCCACUCAGUUUUUUUUCAAGAUUUAGAACAUAAGACCAAGUGGUCCAUCUGGUUGGGCGUCCUGUUCUCACAUUUGACCAACCAGAUGCAUGUGGGAAGCCUCAAAGCAGGACCUAAGAGAAUGACCGGGGUGAGAUUUCUGCUAGGGAAAUUCAUGAGUCUUAACCACACUCUGAUCCUACUGCAUUGCAGAAGCCCCAGCUAAGCUUUUGGAAUCUGGUCCAUCUGUUGAUGUUAAGGAACCCUCUGAGGCUCUCUGAUAUGACAUGUUUGCAAAACACUUUGAAGGAAAAAAAAUCACUCAUACCCGCUAUUCUACGGAAAUAGAUCAGUCUAUGGAAAUGUCCAUAAUUCUGUCUGGUCCUGAGCUGUUAGGUGAAUUGUUGAGGCCUGAUGAGUUCUAUGUUAUAAGUCAAGCACUGCUGGGAAUUGUUUCUUUUUGUUUUUCAAUGUAUUUCCUAUCAGUAAAAAAUUUUUCUCUGGCACGAGCAAAUUUUUAAUCUGAAAGUGUGGCCCAGAUAAAAAGUUUGAGAACCACUGUCCUGCACUAAGGACUUCAAUCUAGGUUCUCCUAUGGGUGCCCCUGCCAUCUGAGUAGAGAUGGAUGGCUCUUAGAUGGGCUACUGAGUUUUGGUGGCCCAGUUAUGGAAAGAUAUGCCCAGAAAAACUUGCUUGGCAUCUUCCUUCUUGUCUCUUUUGUGUCUAGCAAAUGCCUUUUUAUUUUACCAUCAGAUUUUAAUAUUGAGUAUUGUUUUGUGCCGCCUUUAUAAGUUUUAUAAGCCUACUAUAUCCCUUUGUGUCUACAGUUCAGUUCUUUCAUUCAUUCUUGUAAACUGUCCUGGGAAUUUUAUUGGAGGAUGCUAUUAAAAAUACUUUAAAUAAAAAUAAACGAUAAAUAUAUUAAAUCCUUUUCCUGGAAAUGAUCGUUAAAUCCAAUUCCUGGAAAAGGCACUUUGUAAAUCCAAGGUGUGCUGCAAACUUCUUUCCCAGCCUUCCGACCUGAAAGGCUAUAGGUAGAAAUACCUGUGAUUUCAUCUGGCGCCAUCUAUAUGUGCAGGAUGUGCUCUGCUGCCAGAUGAUGAGCCCUGCCUUGCUGCGCAUCCUGAUAUGAAUCAAUCUGAUGCUUCAGCCUUAGCCAUUAAGGGCAGGUGAUUCUUUCUACAGGAAGCAGCUAAGCAAAUGAGCUCAGAUUGAGUGACUUGUGUGGGAUAACAAACCUGGUUAAUCUGUUUCUUAUCCUGCCAACAAAUUCUUCUCCAGCUUCCCUUGACGUGUCAUCCAUAACUUUAUCAACCCUAUCAGGUAUCAUUUGCCUUGCUUUUGUGUUACCUAAGAGAAGCAGCGUGCUCUCACUCCAGACUGGGAUUGAGGAAGAAAGACAAGUGGGGUGUAAUAUCCAAAAGUGACUCCACAGAGUCACCACGGCUCAUCCGUCUGUUAGCAGGCCCCCCAAACACCGCAGAUGUUGUCUCUGCAUGCAGGGAGAAGUUCAUCAAAAGACAGCAAUUGCACAAUUUAGAGUUCAUUUGCCUAAUGCUCCCUUUUAAAAUAACCCUUUAGGGGCUGUGCCAAAAUUACAAAAUUCCUGAUAGCGGGUGGUGGUCUUAAAUCACAAGCUCUUUUGAAAUAGAACCAGAGAAGUAAUUUUCAAGGGAGUGCCUUUGCUUGAUUGCUUCAAUCUGAAGUAGGGUUCUCUCAAAGGUCUCGGAAGAAUACAAAAUUGUAACUUGGCCCGUUGUCUCAUAUUGAAGCAGCUUCUAUCACUGCGGCAAAGUAAUAUGCAGACAGCUACAUUUACCUUACACUCUUCAGACUAUUUAAAUAGCAAUUCCUUUCAUUUGCACGAGAGGGGCUAGUGAGAUCUAAUAGAGAAGUCUCGUAAUCCCCGAAUUACAACCCCCCAGAUUUUUCAGGGUUGCCAGAACCAACAAAUAUGAAUCUGUAGUGGCAAUAAGCCCUGGAAUCCAGCUUCUUCCUUCUGGCAAGGACAACAACUGUGGCUUGGCAAUGCUAGCAUUCGUAAUAAACUUGUUUGUCUCCAGUGGGAGCCAAUAUGAAGGAGAAGGCACACAGGAAAUAAAUCUGUUGUGCUGUUAUUGUUGUAUCUUUUUCUGCCUGCAAUUGCAUUUUAAAUGGAUUUUUCCCCCACAUGGAUGCCCGCUUUAAACACAAUACUUAGACUAAAAUUUUCUCCCAGAAGAAGGAGGAUUGAUCUUGUCUUUUCUAAUAAAUCUAUAGCUCUAAUUAAAAACAGCAAUGCUACACAGUAUGUGCCUUUGGUAUACAGAUAGUCGAAAACCUGUGUACCUCAACUUGCAACACACAUACAUGACACACAUACACAAACACUCAUUUCUUCAAUGAAAUUUGCUUUCUGUGCUUAGAUUAAUGCAGUAAUUCACAAAGAGGAUAUGCUUACCCACCCACAUGCACCUAUAUAAACCUUAUGCUCUUUCCCACACCCUGCAAAGAACUUCCUCUUUCUGAACUUCUUAAUUCAGGAAAGCACUGGUGAUUCAUAGAUAAGAGACCUUGUCGAUUCCUGCAGGGCAGGCUGGGUGACUAGCAAUCCAGCACCUCAGAACUGGAAGGCUUGGAGAGUUGAGCUGGAUGCACACCCUUCUGUUGGCAGGGAGCCAGUUGUAGGUGCUGCGAGCCAUAGGCUUGUGGCCUGCGGGGGGAAAGGAUCCUGCCCCUCCAAAAGGGGUUGUAGGAAGCGGCUUGAAGCAGCCAUAACCUGCCUGGAAAUGUGAAAAGCAUGACUUCUUUGACAACCUGAUAAAACUCUCGGCUAACAUGACUCUUCCCCCAUCCUCUCUCUCUUUCCCCCCAGUGGAGUGAGGUGCAGGAGAUCGUAAAUGGCACUCCGAUGUACAUGUAUCAAGACUGCAGCGUCCUCUCGGAAGGCGAUACUGACCAUUGGCUGCGGACCAACUGGAUAUUCCGAGCCGAAGCCUUUUCCCGCAUCUACGUGGAGCUGAAAUUCACCAUCCGGGACUGCAAGAGCUUCAAAGGAGAGGCGGUCAAUUGCAAGGAGACGUUCAACCUCUACUACAUGGAGUCGGAGCAAGAUGUUGGCAUCCAGUUCCGCCGCGCUCUCUUCACCAAGGUCAGCAGGGGUUGCAGAGCUACAGAAAGUUUUCAAAACUUGGCUUACUCAAGAGCAGAAGGAACAUCCAGUCUAAACAACAGCAGAGGGGAAGGAGAGAUGAGAAUGAGCAGAAUGGUUUGGGAGAACAGGAGUCCUUUGGGUGGCUGAGUUGCAAGAGUAAAGGCUGUGGGUAGGGGAUGUGGCAGGAAGCAAGCAAAAGAACCCCAAAAAACCCAGGGUGGAGCAAGGCCAUGAAGCUUGCACAGGGUGUGGAAGUAGACAUUACUAUAUGGGCCCACCCAGAUAAAUUUUCUCAGGAAUGAGCACUCUUUGGAGUCAGUACUGAGCCCACUGCCCUUGUAGCAGCGCCCCUUGGAUUUCUGUUCCGCAAAGCUCCAGUUUUCAGCUGUGAUGCAAACAGGAGAGCCUUAUAAUGAAAGGGGUGGGGAAUGCUGUGUACAACAUUACUUGGUACAACAUUUUCCACAUUUCCUCUUGUUCUGUUGCUUUCCCUGCGGGGUGUGGGGGAACUACUCUUAUGCACUCAAUUGGAGCAAUCAGCAAUUCAUGUUUUAUCACUAAAGAGUGAGUUUUCAGUCGAAAAGGAGCAGAGAAAGGGGGAAACCACUUGGACCCAUGCCUAGAAAGCGUAGAUUAAGAAGAAAACCACUCAGACCCAUCCUUUGUAGGCUUGGGACAAGCAGAAGUAUGGACAAACCCUGAGGAUCUUUUUACACAUUACACAUGAGUCGACCUUUGUUUGACACAGAGUGUACACAGCAAGGAGCUAUGGCCAGUCACAGGUUUUUUUUGACAUAGCUGUCAACCUUCCCUUUUCUUGCGGGAAAUUCCCUUAUUUCAGCACCGUUUCCCGCUGCUUCCCGCUGCUAUCCUGGAUUGUUAGAUAUUCCGUAAACUGUCUCCGGGACAGGUGAGGCUGCUGAUCCCUUAUUUUCAAAUCUGAAAGUUGACAGCUAUGUUUUUUGAUAAUCUGUUUCUGUACGCUUUAAUUUGUCACAGUCACAUUCUAUGUGUAUGUUUAAAAGAUCUUAGAUUUGCAUUUUAAAAUAUGCCAUGCGAAGGAGCCCUUAGCCAAGGUUUUCAGGAGCAUUUUCAGUGUGGAAACCCCUGAAUUCCAGUGAUGCUUGGAGCGAAGCCAAAUCCUUGGGAAUCAGAGCAUCUAAAAGUGCAAAUACCGCAGUGAUCAGAUGCUCAUAGCAGCUUGCUUGCAAACAGAUGGACAAGUGGGGAGCUAUUUGCACCAAUGUGCUCUUCAGUCAGAUUAAGGAAAAAAUGCAUCUCGGAGGCAGACACUUUUCAGACAGGGGAAAAAAUACAAAAUAUACCAGUUGUUCUUCAUUUGGCUGGUUCUGACUGCAUAUUAUUUGACCACAAUUAAAGAUUGUCAGGUAUUCCACAAAGACAGGGAUGCCUUUUAUAGAAGGCAGCAUGGAAUACCUCUCCGAAAAGAGGCCACUCUUGCCCUUCAAAAGAGACUCCUGCAAACAGGAGCCGCUGUUGUCAACGGUUGCAAAUGUACAAUCUUCUCCUCACUCAAAAGAUCCUCUUCUCUUGAGGAUCAAGUCUGGAAGGAACGACGAGUCCUGUCAAUCUGAAGCAGAAGAGUCUAUGCUGAGUGCAAAGGCGGAGAAAGGUGGAGGCAGCGCACCCCAGAUGUCAUCCUUGAGGGGGGGUGACAUCGCUGCGGGUGGUGCCCCUCUGGGACGCUCGCCACUGCCAGCGAACCCCCUGGGAUGCUCCCCGCUGCCAGCGCACUCCUCUGGGACGCACACCGCUGCUGGCGCACACCCCUGGGACACUCCCCGCCGCCAGCGAAACCUCAGCAGGUUCCACCUCUGGCUGAGUGCUGAUUUGCUGGAUUCCCAAGCCACCAUGAUAAAGUUUUUUCCUUCCCUGCCUGGAGCAUUUUUCAGAUUAAACGUAAUAAUUCGUUUUGUUUGUUUGUUUUUUAAGCGAGACAACAAACCAACCAACCUGUCCCUGUGGAUGGGUUAAAUGAGCAAAUAGCACUUAUCUAACACUGCAGGCAGCACUAUAAUCAAAGAAAGAACAACAGCUGGAAGGUGGAUGGCCCAUAAGAAUUGUGGAAAGAGAAGCCAGUCGGGCAAGGAAAUUAGUGGUCAAUGUGAAGCAAAUAAGUGCGUCAUUUGAAGAGCAAAGGUGGGGAAGAUGCAAGAUCUUACCCUGCAGAAGCUAAACAAGGAGAAGAGAUAAAUUAUGCUGGGGGCUCAGGCAAAGCUUUAAAAUGGAGGUGGCUAACCUGUGGCCUUCCAGACUUCAUUAGACUCCCAGUUACCAUCAGCUCAGUCGGUAGAGCAGGAGACUCUUAGCCUCAGGGUCGUGGGUUUGAGCCCCACCUUGGGCAAAAAGAUUCCUGCAUUGCAGAGGGUGGACUAGAUGAGCCUCGUGGUCCCUUCCAACUCUACAGUUGUGUGAAAAAGCCCUACCUUAUACUUCUUCUUCUUUGUUGAAUUUAUAUACCGCCUUAUACCCAGAGGUCUCAGGGCAGUUCACAGAAAAGAUCAACAUAAAAACCACAAUAUAUAUAAUCAAAAUAAAUACAGCAACCCAAUAACCCACCCCCAAAAGAGCCACAUUUUUAGAAGGGCAUAGGACAUGUUCAGUGGCCAUAACAUGGUCAAUGGCCAGGGAUGAUGGGAGUUGUAGUCCAACAACAUCUGAAAGGCCAGAAGUUAGGCACACCUGCUUUAAAAAGGAGUAGGGAAGUCUUUUUUGCACAAGCCCUACUGAAAUGAAGGAGUGGUGUACAAAAGCAAUACUGUCCUCUUGUGUACAGUGGUACCUCAGGUUACAUAUGCUUCAGGUUACAGAUUCCGCUAACCCAGAAAUAGUACCUCAGGUUAAGAACUUUGCUUCAGGAUGAGAACAGAAAUCGCACAGUGGCAGCAGGAAGCCCCCUUAGCUAAAGUGGUACCUCAGGUUAAGAACAGUUUCAGGUUAAGAACGGACCUCCAGAAUGAAUUAAGUUCUUAACCCGAGGUACCAAUGUAUCUCCCUUCGUCUUGGUGAAGGUUGUGCAGCCAAGUCUCUCUUCAUUAUAGUUCUGUGAAAAUAAUAUUUUAAAUUAGAAGUGGGGGGGGGGGCAUUUGGCUCUCCAGAUGUUGUUGCAGCCAAAUUCCAGCCACCCCAGCUAUUGGCUAAGCUGAUUGAGGCUGUUUGGAGCUGGGGUCUGACAACUUUUGCCUUAAGUAGUUGAUGCUCAGUUGCCCCUUUUUGACCAGUGUUAGCUUGAUAAUUUGAUUUGAAACACCUUCACCUGGGAAGUAUUCUGCCUCAAUUUCCAUGCAAGCUCAUCCCAAGUUAGGGCACCUCCUCCACUCCUGCUUCAUGUUUUAGCAUUUUGGGGUCGUUUCCCCACAACUAAGGAGAUGGAUCUAGGCCAGUGUUUCCCAAACUUGGGUCUUCAGCUGUUUUCGGACUACAGUUCCCAUCAUCCCUGACCACUGGUCAUACUAGCUAGGGAUGAUGGGAGUUGUAGUCCAAAAACAGCUGGCGACCCAUGUUUGGGAGGCACAGAUCUAGGCAUUGGGCUUCUCUCAUUGCAGCAUUACACUUUCCUUUAUUUGGGUUGUGGUACGCUGUGGGUUAAGCCACAGAGCCUAGGACUUGCCGAUCAGAAGGUUGGCAGUUCGAAUCCCUGCGACGGGGUGAGCUCCCGUUACUCGGUCCCUGCUCCUGCCAACCUAGCAGUUUGAAAGCACGUCAAAGUGCAAGUAGAUAAAUAGGUACCACUCCGGCGGGAAGGUAAACGGUGUUUCCGUGCGCUGCUCUGGUUCGCCAGAAGCAGCUUAGUCAUGCUAGCCACAUGACCCGGAAGCUGUACGCCGGCUCCCUCGGCCAAUAAAGCGAGAUGAGCGCUGCAACCCCAGAGUCGGCCACAACUGGACCUAAUGGUCAGGGGUCCCUUUACCUUUACCUGUGCAAGGGCCACAUUCCACACAGCUGCACAGUGGGCUCUGUAUGGCUUGUGAGCAUUGGGUAUAUUGUCAGGGCAACUCAACCCCCUCCCUCUCAAAAAAAAACUGUCAGAACAGCCUCCUAGUGCAAUCCUAUGCAUGUCUGCUCAGAAGGAAGUCUCUUUGUUUACAGUAGAGAUUACUUAUGUAAGAUUGCAGCUUUAGCUGUUUAUCAGCCUGUUCUAGAAGAUUGUGCAGAACUGAACACACCAUUAGACAUGAUAGCUAAAUGGAACCUCAAUGUUGAGAGGCAGUGUAUCUUUGUAUAUUAGUUGCUGGAGGACAAACUCCAGGGACGUUGCCUUCUUGCCCUACUUAUGGAUUGCCUGGAGGCAAUCUGGCUGACCACAGGACGCUGGAUUUGAUGGACUCUGGAUUUUAGCCAAUAAAAUCUAGAGUGCAACAAGUAUGGGCAAGUCUCACUCGUCUGGAGUGAUCCUGCUGGUGUCUUUCUUCUAAAUAUUUCCAUUAUAUAAUUAAAGGUACCUGUCAGAACCUGCUGGACACAGGUCUGACAAACCAAUUAUGUAAACUUCAGAUCUUCUUUCUUGAUUUUUUUCAAGGAUGAUAUAGGCUCAGAUAUCCUAUGUGUGCUUGUUAUCUACUUGCUGAUAAUGUUAUGAAUUAUUAUUUGCAUUCCAUUUGACCUGCGAUACAGUUUUCAAACCAGUUUUUCUUUGACUCAUACUCUGAAACGUUUAUGAUCAUUAUGUAAAUAUAAUGCAGUACAUCCAAACCAGAAAGAUAGCAGUUGAAUGAAUUGUUCUUUAUUCCCAGCAGGUUUUGCUACGUAGUCUUGCUGUAGGAAAGUAGUCAAUGGGAAUUGUAGUCCAACAGCAGCUGGAGAUCCAGGAAACCCUGGGUCUUUAAAACUGGAGACAGGGUUGUUUUUAGUUUGUUACCAUAUUAUGUAUUUUUGUCUUUUCAUACUGCGAACUACCCUGUGAUCCUCGGAUGAAGGGCAAUACAUUAAUUUAAUAAAUAAUAAACAAAUAGUGGGAGUUUUUGCAUAUAGGUGAACAUUGAGAUGUGUGAAACCUUCACCUGCCGUGUGGUGUAGUGGUUAAGAGCGGUGGACUCGUAAUCUGGGGAACUGGGUUCGUGACUCUGCUCCUCCACAUGCAGCUGCUGGGUGACCUUGGGCCAGUCACACUUCUUUGAAGUCUCUCAGCCUCAUUCACCUCACAGAGUGUUUGUUGUGGGGGAGGAAGGGAAAGGAGAAUGUUAGCUGCUUUGAGACUCCUUCGGGUAGUGAUAAAGCGGGAUAUCAAAUCCAAACUCUUCUUCUUCUUCUUAAGUUGUAUAUUACAGCGGAAAGUUGGCGCUUAAAAUUGAUUCUGCUGAAUAUGUACAAACUUCAUGCCCAUUUUCUCCUCCUGCAGAUCAACACGGUGGCAGGAGACCGGAGUUUCACAGCGCAGGACAUCAUGACGCGUGACAUGCAGCUGAACAUGGAGGUGUGCCACAUAGAGAACCUGCAGCAACGCGGCUUCUACCUGGCCUUUCAGAACUCGGGGGCUUGCGUUGCCUUGGUUUCCGUGAGAGUUUACUAUAAGACCUGCUCGGACAUUGUGCGCGGACUGGCCCACUUCCCAGAGAAGCUAGCUGUUUCGGGGGGACUGGAAGAAGUGUCUGGUGUCUGCUUAAAGAACGCAGUCGAGGACGGUGGGCUUCCGCCAAAGAUGCACUGCAGUCCCGAUGGGGAGUGGCUGGUCCUGGUGGGCCGCUGCGUAUGCAUCGCUGGCUUCGAGGAGGAUGGAGGAAGGUGUGUUGGUAAGUACAUAAUGGCGCAAGCUAGGAGGCGGGUACCUGAGGAGAUCUUGGGAUAGAAGCACACCAGAGUUCACAGGGUGGAAGGUGUGGAAGGUUUACUCAUUGCACGCAGUUCACUGGGGUGCAUCAGCUUAUCUGACUCCCAUUGCUGUUUAUACGUCAAGCGCAACUCCCAGGUUCUCUUUCUGUUUCACUCUCCCUCUGACUAUAAAGUAAGUAGACUAGUUUGACAUACCUGUCCUUCCACCUGCUUUUUAUUUCCUUCCAAGUUUUGGAGCCAGUUUCUGGGACGUAGAAGUGCGUGACUGAGACUGAUUCACUCGAUGAGUGUCUCCCAGUUCUUUAAACUGGGCCCCUCUGGGGCGUAGGAGUUGGGUCAGGAUGGUAUUGCCAUAUAGGCCACCUGUAUCUGCAGGGCCGUCCUGAAGCGUUUUGGAAGCUCAGGCAGGAAAUCCAAACUCUCCUUCCCAGGACUAGUAGGAUGUAUUUUUCUCAUGUUCUGCUUGUUUUAACCAGAGGCCAUGAGAAAAACAGCAAAAGGGAACACAGUCAAAAACCAUUAAAAGCAGCCAAUGAAAUAUUUGUUUGCCCAAAACAGUCUACUAUAAACACACACACACACACACACACACACACACACACACACACACACCAAGCAUGCUGUAAAAAAUGUAGCUGGUCAUACACUCCAUCCUCAAAUUGCUUUUGAAGUACCAACUAGUGCAUCUAAGUUAAGGGGAUAUGUCUCGGGAAAUGGGUAUAUGCAUAGGAUUCCUCGUUCAAACCAUAGCAUCUUCACUUAAAAAGGGGGAUCAGGCAUCAUGCAAGACCUGGGGCUCUGGAGAGAGAGCCACCACCAGCCAGUACAAUUGGUAGACAAUACUGGGCUAAGCAAAGGGGACGCGGGUGGCGCUGUGGGUUAAACCACAGAGCCUAGGACUUGCCGAUCAGAAGGUCGGCGGUUUGAAUCCCCGCGACGGGGUGAGCUCCCGUUGCUCGGUCCCAGCUCCUGCCAACCUAGCAGUUUGAAAGCACGUCAAAGUGCAAGUAGAUAAAUAGGUAUCGCUCCGGUGGGAAGGUAAACAGCAUUUCCGUGCGCUGCUCUGGUUCGCCAGAAGCGGCUUAGUCAUGCUGGCCACAUGACCCGGAAGCUGUACGCCGGCUCCCUCGGCCAAUAAAGCAAGAUGAGUGCCGCAACCCCAGAGUCUGCCACGACUGGACCUAAUGGUCAGGGGUCCCUUUACCUUUACUAAGCAGAUGAAAAGCCCAACCUGGUUAUAAGGCAGCUUCCUCUCUUACAACAGAAAAUGACUUCCACCUAAACCCAAUUAUUUAGUCUGCAAUCUGCUCUCUCCCAACAUUUCAGCUAAGAGCUAAUAUUCACUGUGAUGAGGUGUAGGGAAAAUAAUAUAUUGACAAAAUUUCCUCAGGAUGUUCCUCUUUGGAUUUCUCAUUAGGCUGCUCUGUCCUGUAAAAGGAAUUUGCACCACUUGGAAGUUCCAGGGCAACUGCUUGAGGCCUGGUAGUCCUUGCACUUCUCUGUCUUGCUAGCUGAAGAACUGAGAAAAACUUCCAGACAUCCACCCUUCCCUGCCCCUCUGCUUCCACAGCUCAGCCAGUUUUUCCACUUAGCUGCUAGCAUUACUGCUUUCAUUCCACCCUCCUGGGCUGGGAGCCGUCCCUUGGAAUGGGACGGGGAACCCAUCCUGCCCAGGCAGGUCCUCACUGCACCCGCCCAGAUAGUAGCUGACACACAAGCUACUCCCUUACCCAGUUCAGGCAAAGACAAAGGCAGAGGUGGCUUCAGACAGCGAGUUCAAGGAAUUGUCCCUGUUUCUCAAACCUGUGGGGAUGAGGUAGUGGACUUGGAGGGCAAAAUAAAAAUGGAGGCUUUCCUGAAGAGAGAAGGCACAUGGAACAAUGGCAAUUGACACAUGAGAAUUGCCGGUUUUAGGCUGUGCACACACAGCGUUUUAUUCUAAAUCAAUGGAGAUGGAGUACCGUAUUUUUUGCUCUAUAAGAUGCACCAGACCAUAAGUUUUGGAGGACGAAAACAAGAAAAAAAGUAUUCUGAAUCCCAAAAGCCAGAACAGCAAGAGGGAUUGCUGCGCGGCGAAAGCAGCGAUCCCUCUUGCUGUUCUGGCUUCUGGGAUAGCUGCGCAGCCUGCAUUCGCUCCAUAAGACGCACACACAUUUCCCCUUACUUUUUAUGAGGGAAAAAGUGUGUCUCAUAGAGCGAAAAAUACGGUACUUGUCCCCCCCCCCCCAUCUAUUCCACACACAAUCUAGAUCUAUUGCAUAUUUAUUUGCCCCUGAAAAGCGCAAAAUGGUGGGUGGUUUAUCUUCCACCAAUAGUGGGGAGCAAUAUGUGGCUUUUGCACAGGGCAAUCCAACAUAGGAUCUCUGUGUUAUACAGGUGGGCUGUCAAUCACAAUGGUUGACAUUUAGUUAGCAUCUUUUUAAAAAGAAGGUUUCCCCACACAUGCACACAUUUGUGUGUAUGCACAUGUGUGUGAGCAGUCACACACAGUUUUUAAGAUGGUGGCUUCAUGAUGCUGUCCGCUUUCGCCUUUUCAAACCAUCCGCCACGCCGUGAUGGGAAAUGUUUUCUUUUGUUCAGAAAGGUUUCUUGCCAGCUCCCAAGGACUCACAAUAAAAGGCAUGCCGAUUUGGCUGCUCUCCUGGUAUCUCUCUCUGUCUGUCCCAGGUGUCUCAGGCUGGCAGCAGACCUGAGUGUUCACUUCUAAGAUCAGGUCUGGAUCCAAACCUUUUGCUGGACCCACCCAGUGUUGGCAGAGUACCAGAGGUACUCCUUUUGGCCUUUGUUCCAGGAUCAGGGUGACGCCACUUCCAAACAGGAGCACACAAAGAGCUGAAGUGUGGGACAGGACGCGAGGGGGUUGUACAGCUCUGACCUUUGUUCUGCCUUGGGGUGGGCGGAGAAGAUGGAAAUACUAAGGGAAGUAUUCUUGGACUUUAAUUUGGGUUGCCAUGGAGGGUGAGCCCACAGCUGUCUCCUUAUGAAAGAAAGUGGCAGAUCUAGCUAAUAAGGCUAGCUAGCUAUAAUCAUAGCUGCUGCUGUCUGUUCUGUGCUUAAACUUUAAAGGAGUAAAAUUUAAAAACGUUUGCAUAAAUGUACUCUUAUGUGCGGCUUUCCUUGUGCUUGACCCGGAAACUGCAGUUUGUGGUGAGUCCGGUGUGUACCUAUUGGUAUUUAAAGCCCUUAAGAGCUUGAGAACAGUGUAUCUGCAGGAUUGCCUUAUGCCAAACUUGGCCCUCCAGCUGUUUUGGGACUACAACUCCCAUCAUCCCUAGCUAACAGGACCAGUGGUCAGGGAUGAUGGGAAUUGUAGUCCCAAGACAGCUGAAAGGCCAAGUUUGUCCAUGCCUGCCUUAUGCCAUAUGUGUCCACUUGACCGCCUUGAUCUGCAGAACUGGCAUUUUCACUGGUGCCACAUAAUACUCAUUCCAUAGUUGUAUGAAAUGUGUCUUUUAGUGUGGCAGGACUCCCUGCCUAUAGUCAUUAGGCAGGUGCCUUCACUGUACUCUUAUCAGUGCCUACUUAAAACAUUUUUGUUUAAGUGAGCCUGUCUUGAGAUUCCAGACACAUAAUUGUUGCAGGGUGUGUGUACACACACACACAUUAAAUUAUUAAUUAUUUUUUAAUGUUUUGAACUGUUUUUACUGAUAAUUUUAAUAUUUCUUUGUAAACUGCCUAGUGGUUUUAUGACAUUCAGGCAGGAUAUACAUUUUGUUAAAUAAAUAAAUAAAUUGCUGGACACAGGGUUCUGUGUAACCUGUCCAAAUUACGCAAUAUAUAUGCAAACUUAAUUUGCAUAGUUUAUUUUGCAUUAGCUUGACCAUUGGGAAGAGGCAGAUAUCGAGCUUUUCAGAGCUAGAAUACCUUUUUAACCAGGUCUUUGGUUGAUUUGAUUGACAUCCGAUGCCCUUUUAAAAUGUGGGUUUUUUGGGGGGUGUUAUUGGGUUGUUGUUUUGAUUUUGAUUAUAUAUUUUGUGGUUUUAUAUUUGGAUUUUGUUCUAUGAACCGCCCUGAGACCUCUGGGUAUAGGGUGGUAUAUAAAUUAAAACAGCAACAGCAGCAACUCUCCUGCUUUUGAACACAGAAAGCCAUACUGAGCCAGGCUUUCAUCAUAGGCUUGACCUAAAGGUCUAUCCUUAAUCAUCUCAGAGAUAUUCUGAGCCUCUUCUCUGAAUUUUCAGCUUUGAUUUAAAAAUCUAAAAAUAAAUCUGUACCCUUUUUUUACUUUCAGCGUAAAAAAAUAUAUAAGCAGUAUUUCUGUGAAGUAAUAAAUCUGCCCCUGAUUUCUGGUGCUCUGGUCAAUUAAUGCACUGGGAUAACUGACAAACUCUUGGCAAAAUUGUGGUUAGCAAUUUAUUAAAACUAUACCUGAAGAUUACUGCUAUCUAAGGUUUAUUGCUGUUUCACAUUGGACUCCCUCAAAGUUACGGUGAUGGGUGUUCUAUUGAAGCUUCCUUAGACUCUGGAGGUUUCACUAGGCAUUCCUUUCAAGUUUGUCUUUGCAAGCGUAAAUGCUAGAAAUGUGCCCUUUGUUCGUUUAAAAUGAAAGCUGGGGUUCUCGGGGGGGGCUGAAUUUGGAGCCCCCUGGCGCAUUGUGUGGCAUUUUCAUACUUGAUACAGAAUAGACGCAACCACAGCCAUGGCCUUUUCUGUGGGUACAGAAAAGAACAGGGGCGAAAAGCAAGGGAUUGAGUCAGUGCCUCUGUGGUGUUGCUCUUGAAAAGGGAAUGUUGACUCCUUCCUUGGGGUGACUCGGUUGCAGAGGUAAAUUUCUUUUUUCUUUCUUUUUUCAAAUGGCAGAUUGUGCAGACCCCUAAAAGAGUAUAAGGAACUGUGAGGCAAGAGGUGAAUUUAUAUACAGCAUUUACAGACAUACAUCUUGUUACGUUUGGUUCAGGUUACGUCUUUUCAGGUUGCGUCCCGCGGCGACCCGGAAGUAACGGAAUGGGUUACUUCUGGGUUUCGCCACUCACGCAUGCGCAGAUGCUCAGAAUGAUGUCACGCGCAUGCGCAGAAGUGGCGAAUCGCGACCCGCAGGUGCAGGCUGCGUUCUGCGCAUGAUGCGAAUGGGGCUCCAGAACGGAUCCUGUUCGCAACCAGAGGUACCACUGUAAUUUCAUUUUUGUCUUUAUUUAUCUGUAGGGAAGGUUAGAGCAGCUUGCGAUGGGGAGUCCCCCAAUUCAGAGCGUUGACAAUUCUGAGACCUGCUUAGCUUUGAUAACAGACCCCCUACCUAGGGGAGGGGUCAAUUCUCCCCACCCUGCGUAUAGAAUCAUAGAAUGGUAGAGUAAAAAAUGACUCUAAGGAUCAUCUAGUCCAACCCCUGAAACGCAGGAAUAUGCAGUUGUCUCUUACGGGGAUCGAACCUGCAACCUUAGCAUUAUCAGCACCAUACUCUAACCAAUUGAGCCAUGUCUGAGUGGAGGUGGGAACCGCCGGCUUGUGGGGACACAGAGGCAGCAUGGGGGUUAGGCAGAAAAAGUUCUUCCUUUCCCUAACGGGGAACCUUAGCUCUGCUGCUCUAAGUGAGCUAAGGUGGGAAGCUCCCUUCUCUUCCUUCGAUUUAAUGAGCCCAUACAGGCCUCGUUAAAGAUAAUUGCUGGGUGGUGGUGGUUGAGCUGGUGCCACUGUCUGCCACCCCCACACCGGGGAGGGGUGUCUCUGCCUGAUGUUUAGCCUUCCCAGGUUGCACCCGAUUUCCUGUCUGCCUAAGGAGCUUAGUCCCUUGGCAAGCCACAGGAUCGGGCCCAGUUGUCCCUGCAGCUACUGCAGAACAAAAAGAACCUGUGACCCUCCCUAUUCAGUGUAGGUUUUUGCAGUGCUAUUUUUCUCGAAAAACAGGUGCCGGAACUUACCAUGAAGGCCUCCCUUGUCCUCUUAUAAUGGCAUACCCUCCAACAUUUCUCCAAUAAAAAUAGGAACACCCUAUUCCUCCUCCUCCUCCUCCUCCUCCUCCUCCUCCUCCUCCUUCUUACAGUCAUACCUCUUGUUACGUUCGGUUCAGGUUACGUCUUUUCAGAUUGCAUCCCACGGUGACCCGGAAGUACCGGAAAGGGUUACUUCCGGGUUUCGCCCCUCACGCAUGCGCAGACGCUCAAAAUGACGUCAUGCGCAGAAGCGGCGAAUCGUGAUCCAUGCACUUGCAGACACAGGUUGCGUUCUGCUCAUGUUGCGAAUGGGACUCUAGAAGGGAUCCCGUUUGCAACCUGAGGUACCACUGUAUUAUUAUUAUUAUUACCCUGCCCAUCUGACUGGGUUGCCCCAGCCACUGUGGGUAGCUUCCAACAUAUAUAAAAGCAUAAUAAAAAAUUAAACGUUAAAAAGCUUCCCUAUGCAGGGAAGCUGCCUUCAGAUGGCUUGGGGGUCAGAUAACUCCACAGCCUCCAACAUUUCUCUGACGAAAAUAGAGAUGUCCUAAGGAAAAGCAGGACAUUCCAGGAUCAAAUCAGAAACUAGGACGGCUUCUGCAAAUCUGGGACUGUCUGUACACCUGACAACAAGCCCCAGACAACACUGUUGUUGUCAGGUGUACGUUCUGUGGGAAACUUGAGUUGGUCACUGCAUAAUGUGCAAAACACACCCGAGCGCCUUAUUUGUAAGAGGCAAUGCUCACCUCAGGGCAAACUGACUGAGCAUAGGCACAACACCCAGCAAUUUAUGUGUUCCUCCGAGGAAAUAAACCUGUCUGCUCUGAAUUAAUCCAUCCCAGUUUAAUCAGAAGUAAUUAGCUCCUGUAUUCCAAGGUAGAGCAAUCCCAGAAACUGGGGGAGAGGUGGGUGGCAUUGGAGGAGGAGUUGAACUACAGAUGGCCUCCAGCACAUAGCAUGCUUCCGCUUUUCCUGUAGGUUCAAAGUGUAUAGUCAUCUGCAUUCAUUGCAUAUGAUAAAGGAAUCCCUCAGAUCUUGUUUUCGCUGGGGCGAUAAACCUUUGUCUGAACUAUACCGCUCCAGACAGCGAACGAGGGCUUACACAGCCAAAUGCUCGACAGUCCAGGAGAAAAUAAAUUUCUGUGUGGAAAGCUAGCAGGUCAGGGAGGAGGAUAAGAUUUCCAGAGGGGCUAACCGUGUUAGUCCGUUGCAGCAAAAAUGACAAAAGGCGCUGUGGCACUUUAAAGAUGAUGGCAUAAGGUUUUGUGGACUGUAGUUCAUUUCAUCUGAUGUAAUCCUCAGUCAGCAGGUAUAUAUGGGUGCAAAGGGAAAAUAUGGAGAAGUUGGAGUUUGCUGGCAGUGUUUUUUUAAUGUGUAGGAAUCCUACUUUCUUUGUGAGGGAGUAUUCAACCCUGUGGAAUCUCCCAACCGCAUUCCAAAGUGGUAUAGUCCUCCCGAGACAGGUUUACACUUGGCGCCAGAUGAUCUAAUUUCAAUUGGUUGCCACCAUGUGGUGAAUCUGGAUGCCAUUAGGGUGGGGAAUAAUUAACCCAAUAUCAGAAUACCUUGGCAAAUUCGUGAGUGCGGCUUGGGGAAAAAUGGGUAUAUUUAUGUCACUCUGGAGAAGACAAAGGGCUCAGAAGGGAGCAUCUGCUUUCAUAGGACAGUGGUUGCUGCCACCUGCUGUUUACCUUGUAGUUUUUGUGUUUUUUUAAAACCAAUUCUUGCCCGAUUUCCAUUCCAUUCCCUCCCUGUGGUGGCAUAAUCCUGUUGGCGCCUGUUGCCUGCAUUCCUAGUUCACCUUUGCUCCUUCCCCAGGUCGGCAGCACUCCCUUUGUGACACCCACACAAUUUCCCGCCCUGUUUUCAUGUCUGUGGAAGUAAGAACCAGUUCUCUGCCAUGCACAGCGGCGGCUCUCGGUUAAUACGUGAGAGAAACACAUUGGGGCGUUUAGGGUAAGGAAAGGUGCCCCAGAAAAACGAGGCUGCAGAGAGGUGACCUCCUAAUUAUGGGCACAGACUGGGCAAAGCACUGGGGAAAGUGAGGUGGAGACAAAAGUAUGAUUCUUAGAGUCGGAAGGGACCCCCCCCCCAGGUCAUCUAGUCCAACCCCCUGCAAUGCAGGAAUCUCAGCUAGAUCAUACUUGACAGAUUGCCCUCCAACCUCUGCUUAAAAAAACCUCCAAGAAAUGAGAGUCCACCAUCUCCCGGGGGGGGGGUGUUCCGCUGGAACCCGCGUCGAUGUUCAUGCGAGUACACAUGCUGAUUUUAAUUGCUUUACAGAGAUUGGGAACCUGAUUCUUCCGGCACAGAGCUGCUUAAUGGGGGGGGGGGAAUCAGUGUUGAUAUAUGAAAUUCAGUUCUGAAUGUUCUGUCACACUUUAGUGUGACCAAGAGCCGGAUGGGACUGUGAAGAUGCAGGGGCAGGUUUGAGAUGCAGGGACUGUAGUCACUAGGGAAAAGAGCAACUUUUAACCUCAAAUCUCAGAGGUGUGUCCCCAAGGGGAAUGUCUUUUCUGUAUAGAUGAAUAGCUGCUUUUCAGCAUUUCACUGAAUGUUUUUAUACUCUGAAGGGAUCCUUACAGAAGUGAUCGCCAAUGUGCUGUCUUCCAGAUGUAGCUAGACUCCAGCUCCCAUUAGCCCCAGCCACCAUGAUCAAUAGUCAAGAGAUGAUGGGAGUUGUAGUCCAAAAACGUUUGGAGGGUGACAUCUUGGCUACUGCUGCCCUACAUUAUACUUAAAAGUACCUUGCACCAAUACAGCAUUAUUGUAUUUAUUUCAUUACAUUUGUAGCCAGUGUUAGAAACUGAGAUAUGAAAGCUAGGAGCUAAAUGGCACCUUAAACCUAGGAUAUGGGCGCAAAGUCUAGGCACACUUUUUUAUAACAAGAACACAAAGCUGGAAAUGAAUGAACUGCAGCUAAAAUUUUGUGUUCAUUUUUCACAUGGUCUAGUCCUUCCCCUGUCCAUCCCCCUAAUAUUCUUUAGAGGGUCUCUUUUCCAGUCUUGAGAGAGUAGCUGGAAGUGGGGAGGCAGAAAAAGGUCCUCCUUUCUUUCCACUCUGCAGUUUUAAUCUGAAAUCUUAGGGACAGUACUGCGCCCAGAACUCAGAAACUGCUCACGCUAAUGAAAGUUCCUGUCGCAAAAUGCACCUAGAAAAAUGGGAGUUUUGAACACUGUUUGUAGCCCACCUGUUUUCAACAGGUAGGUUGAAGUCCUGUUAUGGAUCAUUCUCCUCUUCUGCAACUACAGUUACUUUAAAAAAAAGAGAGGGGGAAGAGGAUGAGAAUCCUAAGCAUACUAUUCAAAGACAAGAUUAAUGCCAUAUCCAUCCUAAAUCUAUCACCUCAAGAAAAGUGUCAGUGCAACUCCUCAUUUCCUCUGCGUUUGAUAUAACCCAGCUUCCAACAGAACUCCUCCAAAUCAAUGGACAUCGUUUUCAGCCACUACUGUGGCUUCUAAGUUUUCAGUAGUUUCGUUACCCAUAAACUUCCAAGCAUGUACUUGCAGUCAUAAGAAUUCCAAUCCCCAUUACAAAUGGAAGAUACAGAGACCCCCAGUUCUGUCUGAGACCAUGGCAGGGGCAAAUUGUUAAAGUUGCAGGCAUACACUCGAUGGUUCUGUUUUGGUGGCUCACCAGACACACAGUGUUUAUUUUUAUUUUCAAAAUGCACACCAGGUAUAACUGUUAGAAUUCCUGCUCUGUGAUUGCAGUCAUGGGAUUGUUGUCUAUCAUGUGACAGUAUAUGUUUUGACUCCACAGAAUGAGAAGUGACGGAAACAUGAUGUUGGUGUUACUGUGUUCCGUGAAGUGGGAUUAUUGUCCUUUGUUCAUUCUCUUUACUGUCUGAUGCUAGGGAGAGAAGGAGCCAUGUUGCAAUGCUCCGUGUGUGUUUAUAUGUAAAUAAAGUAGAUUAGCCUAAAUGCUGAGUUGCUGAGAUCUGUUAUGCAAGCCAUGUGCAAACUCUAAGUGUGCCGGUGUCAGCUGGCAUCGGUCCCUGUGAUGUUCGGGCUGAAGAAAGCUUUUGAAGCUCCUGAAUGAUCGACCAGGAGGGAGCGAACAUGCCAGUCGGAUAUGUGUCUCUGCCAGGGUCCUACUCGAGUGUAGGCUGAGCUCCUGACAAUAACUACAGGACAAACCCCUUCUAGUUUGGCCCUCAAGUGCCUCUAGUACCAUAUUAUAUGCUUUUCCGGCACUCCAGCAGAAUUGUAGCAUAAACGGAGCCCAAAUUUUUGCCACCAACACUGCUUUGCCCCAUGUUUCUCACCUACUGCUGGAAUGGCAUCCCAAGAUCCCAGAGACUUAAAAGCCACAGCUUCCUGCUUCGCUCAAGCCAACAUGGCUCCUGGUGCACAACACCCAGCCAAUCAGAGCUCCACUUUCUGCUGAGAAUUCCCAGCGGCAGCCCAUUGCUACCUCAACGCACAAAGCCAAGUGUAAACCUAGCCAGAAUUGGGUGGGUAAAAGUGUAGCAGGAGACAGACCAUCCAUUUUGGGUGGUGUUGGUGAGAAUAUAGGCAUGAAGAAGAGAGUAUGGGGAAAGCAGAGAAGUGGUGGUGAAUAGAUAUUGAAAAUUAUCCAAAGGGGACUUAGGUAUGAAAUGAUCUUGCUCCUUGACAAGGAAUGAAGAUCUCCAACUCCUCUGUGAAGUUAGAAACAAGAUAUGUCCCAUGUAUGGUGACAUCUUGAGGGAUGAGGUUCUGCACCUCUUGCUGGGUGGUUGUACAGUGGUGCCUCACAAGACGAAUGCCUCGCAAGACGAAAAACACACAAGACGAAAGAGUUUUCCGGUUUUUGAGUCAUUCCGCAAGACGAAUUUCCCUAUGGGCUUGCUUCGCAAGACGAAACGUCUUGCGAGUUCUUGCGAGUUUGUUUCCUUUUUCUUAAAGCCGCUAAGCCGUUAAUAGCCGCUAAGCCGUUAAUAGCCGCUAAGCCGCUAGUAGCCGUGCUUCGCAAGACGAAAAAACCGCAAGACGAAGAGACUCGCGGAACGGAUUAAUUUCGUCUUGCGAGGCACCACUGUAUUCCUAAAUAAUUGCAUUCCUAAACUGGAUUUUAAAAGAAAUGGGCAUAGCCAAAUGUAUGGUUAUUUGCAUCCGCUUAAGUUAGCUACUUGGGACUUAAUCUGCUUCUCCUUUCCACAGCCUGUCAGCCAGGGUUCUAUCGUCACUCGCUGAAGACUGACCAGUGCCUCAAAUGCCCUCCAAACAGCUUCUCCAGUUCUCCUGCUGCCACAAGCUGCCCCUGCCUCGAAAACUUCUUUCGGACUCCCACUGAGGACGAAACUGCUGCUUGUACUCGUAAGUCCUGGGUGGGAGUACUGUGGUCCCCCAGAUGAGCAGGUGGAACCCCGUUCGCACCUACUUGAAAAAUGCACCUACUCAACAAAUAGGAAAGCUCCAGAGUGGUUCUGAUUCUUGCCAAAAGGAGAACAAGUGGCAUUCGGUUCUAAAUUUAAGUGGCGCUGAAUGCAAGCUGCAGCUGUAAAGGAACAAUUAAGAGUGCAUGCAAAGGCUCCUGGUUGUUCUUUUGCAGCUGUGGCUUUACCUGUCCUGCACCUGAUGUCAUGCAAACGACACAGUAGGUGCAGCCUGCCCAAAAUGGCCUUGUGGACCAAACUGAUCUGGAGGUUCCGAACUACUGCUCCUUUAUGUCUUCCAGAUGUCUCUGGCCACAGAGUACAUGGUUCCCUCUGUAAAUCCCUACAGUGACCCUGUGUGGUAGGUUAAGAGGCUGUGACUGUCCCAAGGUCACCCAGUGAGCUGCAUGACUGAGCAGGGUUUUGAACCCUGAUCUCCCAGGUCCUAGUCCGACACACUAACCACUACACCACACUGUCUUCCUAGAGUACUUCUGCCAUGGGACAGCCGUAAACAUUAAGUAAGUAAAUAAAUAUGGGGAAAGCAAAAUGUCACUUAAGAGAAGGAUCUGAAACAUUUUCCUUGAAGCUUGAAAUGGUUUUAUUCUGGAUUGUUUCAUUUGAUGUUUUAAUGUGCUGUAAAACCGCUUUGAGAUUUUUUAAAAUUUAAAACAUAAAGCAGUAUAGAAAUGAAAACAAUAAUAAUAUGUUGGAAUGGAGAUAUUUAUAUCCACUGUACCUGUCCCCAGGUGCAGGGAAAGAAAAAGAAAUCUAGAUAGAACCCUACAGCGCACUAUAAAGGUAAAGGGACCCCUGACCAUUAGGUCCAGUCGUGACCGACUCUGGGGUUGCGGCACUCAUCUCGCUUUAUUGGCCGAGGGAGCUGGCGUACAGCUUCCAGGUCAUGUGGCCAGCAUGACUAAGCCGCUUCUGGCGAACCAGAGCAGCGCACGGAAACGCCAUUUACCUUCCCACUGGAGCGGUACCUAUUUAUCUACUUGCACUUUGACGUGCUUUUGAACUGCUAGGUUGGCAGGAGCAGGGAUUUGAACCGCCAACCUUCUGAUCAGCAAGUCCUAGGCUCUGUGGUUUAACCCACAGUGCCACCCGCGUCACAGCGCACUAUAUUUAUAAGCUUUAAGGUAGGUACAGAUAGGGUUAGAAUCUCUUUGCAGGAUUGUACUUUUAUCACGCUGCCUCCUUUUACCUUUCCAGGCCCUCCUUCGGCUCCUCACAAUGUCACCGUACUUAUUGAGGGGACUGAGGUCACCCUUUCGUGGCAGGCACCCACGGAUCAGGGUGGGCGCCAAGACCUCUCCUACAGCGUCUCCUGCCAGCGUUGCAGUUCCCCAAAGUGCAGACCUUGCGAGAGCAGCGUGACUUUUUCUCCCGGAGCCCUAGACCUCACCCAGCAGAGUGUGGUUGUGAGCGGCCUGGAGGCUUUCACUAAUUACAGCUUCGUUGUUCGGGCUCAUAAUGGUGUGUCAGAGCUCAGCCCUGCCUUGCACAGCAGCAGCACCAGCUCUCCUGUCCGGGUUUUGGUGGGCCACGCAGGUGAGUCGCUGCGACGUAUAUGGGGAAGAGGAAGUGAGCACAACCAAAGCAAAUAAAAGUUGUAGCAGCAGCCGAGCUGCAUUUUCCCCUUACGCUGCAGUGAUUAGUUAAUUGCAAAUGAGUGUGUGCAGGGGGCAAAUUUACAGUUCUUAGAUCAGUGAUGGCCAAACUUGGCCCUCCACCUGUUUUCGGAACUACAACUCCCAUCAUCCCUAGCUAACAGGACCAGUGGUCAGGGGUGAUGGGAACUGAAGUCCCCAAACAGCUGGAAGGCCGUUUGGCCAUAACUGUCUUAGAUGCUUGGGUCCUGACAAAAUCUGAGGUACUGUAGGGGCUAAAAGUAUGAGCUGUGAGCAAGGGAGUCCUUGACUUUCUUCAUGUUCCAGCCAUGAACUCUUUAGCAGACCCUCCAAGUGUCCUUCUUUUCCAGAGACAGUCCCAGAUUUGCAGAAGCCGUCCUGGUUUCUGAUUUGAUCCCAGAAUGUCCCGCUUUUCCUCGGGACACCUCUAUUUUGUGCAGCCCCUGAGCUAAGUAACUAUACAACUUUAGAAGGUGCUUAUAGAAGACAUCUGAAAGCAGUCUUGUAUAGGGAGGUUUUUAAAUGUUUAAUCUUUUAUUAUGUUUUUGUGUAUGUUGGAAACUGCCCAGAGUGCCUGGGUCAACCCAGUCCGAUGGGUUGUUAUUAUUGUUAUUAUUAUGGAACAGGACAUCCCUAUUUUCACCGGAGAAAUGUUGGAGGGUCUGCGUUAGGCAGCACUAAGGCUUCCCACUCUCUUUGUCCGCCUCAGCUCCCUACCCACACGACAGUAUGGGGAUCAUAGUCCUGCUAUAAAGGGCUGGUGUAUGGCAGAACGGGGGGUGGGGCUCCAAUUGCUGCUGGUCUCCGGCUCCAGUCAGUCCCAGAAAGCUUAGCCAACAGCCAGGAAUGAUGGGAGUUGUAGUCCAUCAACAUCUUAUCACAGGCUCCCCACCUCUGGUGAAAGGAAUGUUGAGGGAAUGACUGUAAAGCAUUUGCAGUCCUCAAGAGAGAGAUACGUAAUUGCUGAGCAGGGUGCUGUAUUUUGUCAACACAAUUUCUCUGUUGUACCGGAUAUGACAUUUGUCCAGUAUUUAAAGCUCAGUGGUUUAUUGUCUAGGGUGGGGGUGGAAUGCUGGUCUCUAGAGAAGUUUGGCAGAUGUAGCAAGCCUGUUGCGCUGGUCUGAAAACUAAUUUAAUAAACAGAUUAUUGUAACGUAGAUGCUCUUCACUCUUGGCAGAACUCUUUAUCGUUCUGUUUGCUUUAUGAAGGCAACAGAAUUAGAAGCUUAUUUGUGUUCACCCAAGCUAACAAAAGCAUUUCCCAUAUCCCUGUCAGGCCUUUCCAUCCCCAUUGGUGGCCACUAUCACAAACCGUGUACAGUGGUACCUCGGGUUACAAACACUUCGGGUUACUAACCCGGAAGUAGUACCUCGGGUUAAGAACUUUACCUCAGGAUGAGAACAGAAAUUGCAUGCUGGCGGCACGGCAGCAGCGGGAGGCCCCAUUAGCUAAAGUGGUGCUUCAGGUUAAGAACAGUUUCAGGUUAAGAACGGACCUCCGGAACGAAUUAAGUUCUUAACCCGAGGUACCACUGUAUUUAAUCUGCAAAACCUUUGUUGUGGAUGCAUCAGUGAAAUAGGAAAGUUGAUUCUUCAGUCUAAGAGUUGCCAGGCAAAAUGGCAAAAUUUGUUUUGAGUUCCCUGGUGCCAUCAUAAACACAUGAACUGCUCCUUCUACCAUGUGUGUGUGUGUGCGCACGUGUGUGUGUUUUUAAAGAGUCAGAUUUUUAUGCUGCAGAAAGCAACUUAUAAAGAGAGGUGGUCUUUUUGAAUGCAGAGUUAAUCCAGGACAUAUCUAAGGCAGGUUGUGGCACAGAUAGCAUUAGGGUUUCUUCUCUGUAGUCUGUGGGCUUCCCUGAAACAAAAGUGAUGUUGGAAAUUCACACCCUUGUGCCUCAAGAUGCCUUUAAGAGUUGUGUCAUUCUUAGAAAUGCAUUUCUGUGUACAAGAAGCAGUAUCCAAAAAGUGGAAGGAAGUGAAGUCAAAUAGGAGCGAAAGUAUGUGUGAAGGAUGCUAGCAAGUUCUGACCCAUGGGUCUCCUGGUCUGCUGCUCUAAUGACAGCCCAAAUGUGGCCCUAGAGACAGCUGCCUUACUUUGGCUCAAAGAAGGGCAAGCUCUGUGCAGAAUUUGUUAGGUUUAGCCAAUAUGCUGCUAACUGGGCAGAGUCAGGAAAAGCAAUGAGAUCCAGAGCUUUCACUAAGGGAAUGGGGGUGUGGGAUGAAUUGCAAAGAGCAGGUUACACUUUGAUCAUCUCUCCUCUCUUUAUGUGCAGUCCCUGGCAAGGUGACUGAUCUCAUCCUGGCAAGGCGAAAUGACAGCAGCCUCUCUGUGACUUGGUCACCGACAAGACAUCGCAGCCGUAGCUCCGUGAACUACGAGGUUAUGUACUUUGAGAAGGUGAGAGAUGCUCUUCCUUUGUUCAACACCAUCAAACUUCAUAAAUGUUCUCGUUCCAUUUCACAAGUUGUUCAAGUCCUAUAGCAUAUGGGUUUGGGAUCUCGGGCCCAUGGAUUCAGUUUUGCCUGCCAGGCUGUUUCCCUCAAACCACACCUGAUGUCAUAUGUGACGUUAGGUGUGGGGCAGGUAGAGAUGGGUUUGGAUGAGCUGCUCACCCAGCUGGUCCCUUCAGAAAGCACCACUGAACUCCCUUCCCUACACAUCAGCUGAAGUCUGAGGAGUUCAGUCCUGCUUGGCUGUUAUCUCUCCCCACACACCCAUGGACCAACUUUGGCAGGUGGGUGGGAUAACCUACCUGUCAGACACCUGAUGCCAUUACAGUGGUGCCUCGCAAGACGAAAUUAAUUCGUUCCGCGAGUUUUUUCGUCUAGCGAAUUUUUCGUCUUGUGAAGCACGAAAUCCCAUAGGAAUGCAUUGAAAUUCAAUUAAUGCGUUCCUAUGGUCAAAAAAAGUCCAAACAAAGCCAAAUUUGGUACAACAAGAGUUUAUUAAGUGCUCUUUAAAGUCACACAUACUGUAAAGAGCAUUUCAAAAAUUGAAGGAACAAUAAAUUAAGUUUCUAAACAUGACAGAAAAACAUUUAAAAAUCAACAAAGUGUACAGUACAUUUUCUAAGACUCUGGGGACAACUCGAAGAAGGUUCCUCUUCCACUCUUUGCUUCUUGCUGAAGAACCCCUCCUCAACUGUUCCCCCAGCCACCCACCACACAGAAAUUCAAAUCCAGAAAUUUUUUUUAAAAACAGCAGAGUGGCCCAAUGGUCACAGAAAAUCAUAAAAAUGCAGAAAAAAACCACACAAGCUUCCAGAUUCUUGCAAACCCCUCCCCAACACCAAGUCCUUGAAUUCCAAACACCCCAACCCAAAAUCCAAAAACCCCCAAAAAAGUUUUAAAAGUUUAACUACCACACCGCGUUCUAUGAGUUGCUCCUCGAAGUCAAGUCACAACUGUAUUAACGGUGUUAAGAAAAAGGAAACAAACUUGCAAGAUGUUUUUGUUUUUCGUCUUGCGAAGCAAGCCCAUAGGGAAAUUCGUCUUGCGAAGCAGCUCAAAAAACAGAAAACCCUUUCGUCUAGCGAGUUUUCCGUCUUGCGAGGCAUUCGUCUUGCGGGGCACCACUGUAUUACGAAUUCAGGGGAUGGACAGGUGGGUGCUAAAGAUCUUGCCUCCUGGGCUAGGAAGGUUCCCAACCCUUACUUAUAGCACAGCCUAAUUGUUUUGCAGGGAGAAGAGAAGCACUACACUGUCCAACACCUCCAGGAACCCCAAGUAACUUUGGCAAAUCUGCAGCCUGACACAGCUUACCUGAUGCGCGUGCGCUCCAUCACAGACUCUGUAGCUGGGCCAUAUUCCCAGGAACAGGAAUUCCGCACUCUUCCACAAGGUAGACCCCUUGAUGCCCCACUUUGUUUGUAAAGGAGGGAUUCUUGCUAAUGGAUUUGGGACUAAACUAGAUGCAAGGAACAAUUCAGAUUGGGAUUGUGUUGCAAGUGUAGGAAGCUAAUUUCCCACCUACUCCAAGCUGUUUUUCUAAAGGAAAUCACCCCAUCCCUGAAAUUGCUGUUUGUGACAUUACCUACCAUCACACCACUGGUGUAUGUGGAUUUUCAUAAGGAAGAUAAGGAAAAUGGAACAAACUUACGCAUACAUACACACACUUACUUGCAACUUUUCCAGGCAUUAUAUGCUAGUGUUCCUGUACAAUCUUUUUUACUCAAUGGGCUCUAAAACACUUGAGGUCAUACUUUUUUGCUGUUAGGAAAGUGAUGGGGAAAUGCAUUAUAAAGUGUAGGAUAACAGUUUAUUUAUAGUCUCUGUACAAACAAAUCAGGAUGGGUGCUCAAUAUAUAAGUUUCUAGGAGGCAGCCAGAUUCCUUUUUAAAUUGUUUUACUAAUAUACUGUUUGGUUUUUCGGCAUGGUAAUUAGAAAUGCUUUCAGAUCUGCAUUGCAAAACUAAAACUAAAGGCAAACGACUUCCAUUUGGAGACUGAGAGCUGUUUCAUGCAGCAGUCGUAUUUGCUGCCUGAAGCUCCCCUCUUCGUUACACCAGCUUCCUGCAAGGAAUGCAUAAACUGUGUGGGGCAAGUCUAUGUGCCUAAACUCCUGGAGACAUGAACCUGCAAACCCUUCUUACUGUGGCUUUCUAGUGCCUCUUAUUGCUAAAUUUAUUACUUUCUCUUCACCCACAGGUCCCAGAGCAGGUUACAGCAACUUAAAAUUCAUAAGAAAAAAACAGUUAAGACAAGUCACAAGAAUAGGUUGGGUGCUGAUAAGCUAUAAGAGGCACAUUGACAGCAUCCACCCAAAGCUGUAAAGAACACAGACACACCUCUUGUGGGGAGAGAAUUCCACAAUGUAAUAAUAAUAAUAAUAAUAAUUUAUUAUUUAUACCCCGCCCAUCUGGCUGAGUUUCCCUGGCGGCUUCCAAUCAAGUGUUAAAAACAGUACAGCAUUAAAUAUUAAACACUUCCCUGAACAGGGCUGCCUUCAGAUGUCUUUUAAAGAUAGGAUAGCUGCUUAUUUCCUUCACAUCUGAAGGCAGGGUGUUCCACAGGGUGGGCGCCACUACCGAGAAGGCCCUCUGCCUGGUUCCCUGUAACCUCACUUCUCACAAUGAGGGAACCGCCAGAAGGCCCUCGGUUCUGGAUCUCAGUGUCCGGGCUGAACGAUGGGGGUGGAGACGCUCCUUCAGGUAUACAGGACCGAGGCUGUUUAGGGCUUUCAAGGUCAGCACCAACACUUUGAAUUGUGCUCGGAAACAUACUGGGAGCCAAUGCAGAUCUCUCAGGACUGGUGUUAUGUGGUCCCGGCGGCCACUCCCAGUCACCAGUCUUGCUGCCGCAUUCUGGAUUAACUGCAGUUUCCGGGUCACCUUCAAAAGUAGCCCCACGUAGAGCGCAUUGCGGGAGAUAACUAGAGCAUGCACUACUCUGGCAAGACAGUCUGCAAGCAAGUAGGGUCUCAGCCUGCGUACCAGGUGGAGCUGGUAGACAGCCGCCCUGGACACAAAAUUAACCUUCGCCUCCAUGGACAGCUGUGAGUCCAAAAUGACUCCCAGGCUGCGCACCUGGUCCUUCAGGGGCACAGUUACCCCAUAGGACCAGGGAAUGUAGAGGCUGUCACAGACAAUGCCUUAUCCUGGGCCACCACACCCCCAAACUUGUGAGGGAAGUAGAACUACCAAGAGGGCGUUCUCUGCUGGUCCUAACACCUGAGAGGGUCUGUUGGCACACCUGGUGCAUUUGCUGUGGCAUAAACAUGUGCAACAAUCUGCUAAGAACAAUGGCUGUAUGAAACUUCUCUGAAACCCAUCCACUCCCCACUGUGGCCCUUGGAUGAGAUAAAUAAGGUCAGCAAAGGCAUUUUAGGAAACUAGAACUAAGGAUAACGCCAACCAUUGUUUCCAAAAAAAGAAAGAAAGAAAGACCAAAAUGCACUUUAAAAAAUUAUCCACGCAGCACUCAGUAUUGAAAGUGUAAUUGGGAUCCGGCCAAACCACUCACUUACUAGUGGUUCCAUACCCAACGCAAAUACUGAAGAAGGCAUUUGGGAUAAAUUUGGCAUUGACAUCAUGAGCACACACUUCAUAACAGUUCAGCUCCUCAAGUCCUUCCAAUGACCUCUCAGAUCAGGUAUUUAUAGAUAAAGAGUUUUGAUAAAUAGGGCAGCAAGAGAACACCCAGGGUGCUCACUGUUUGCGUUGGGGUUUAAUACUCGUUCACUUUCUGUGUAUAUUAAAGCACAAAAAGUAUCAGGAUUGUGUUUGCCUGGGGCUGACGUGCCUGCCUGGGGAAUGGGGUUGUUGUUGUUUAGUCGUUUAGUUGUGACCCGUUUUUGUGACCCCAUGGACCACAGCAGGCCAGGCACGCCUGUCUUCCACUGCCUCCCGCAGUUUGGUCAAACUUAUGCUGGUAGCUUCGAGAACAUUGUCCAACCAUCUCAUCCUCUGUCGUCUCCUUCUCAUUGUGCCCUCAGUCUUUCCCAACAUCAGGGUCUUUUCCAGGGAGUCUUUUCUUCUCAUGAGGUGGCCACAGUAUUGGAGCCUCAGCUUCACGAUCUGUCCUUCCAGUGAGCACUCAGGGGUGAUUUCCUUCAGAAUGGAGAGGUCUGAUCUUCUUGCAGUCUCCUCCAGCACCAUAAUUCAAAAGCAUCAAUUCCUCCAUCACCAUAAUUCAAAAGCAUCAAUUCUUCGGCGAUCAGCCUUCUUCAUGGUCCAGCUCUCACUUCCAUACAUCACUACUGGGGCUUUCACUUCCAUACAUCACUACUGGGGGGAAUGAAGUUAUCUCACUUAUAUACAUUGUAGGAAACAUGUAAGUAGCAUUUAUAUGCACAAAGCAGACCAAAGAAUUCACGGUCUGUACUCUGCAAAAUCGGAGGCAAAGCUGGUGCGUUAUUGGACAUUGGGCUCUAAGCGUAUAUGUCACUUCUUCAUUACUUUUCCUUACAUCUGGUUGAAACAAAUCCCGUGCUUUCACAUACCUAUGCAUACAGUUACUCUGAAUCCCUAUGGAAAUCCAGAUAUAUUUCUGGAGAGGUGAGCCCUGGCUAGGGUGGCCUGGCGCUGGAACGGUGUCUAUAACCUGCGUUUUGCUCUUGCAGACACUGGGAUGCCCUCUGGAGGAGUGAUUGUCAGCAUAAUCUUUGGAGUUCUGCUGUUUAUCGGUCUGGUUGUCGGUCUCCUUGUUUGCCGAAGGUAGAGAUGGUGGUUCGCGAGGGUGGAGGGAAUCCUGGGCAUUGUUAUUUGGUUUGUUCUGUGCUCUGGAUGGUUAUACCGUCUCUGUUCUGAUGUUUAUCCUUAUCUGUUUUAGGCACUCUUAUCGACGCGGAGCCCGGCGAUGCCACAAGCAAUCCAGCUACGACCGAGGUGAGCACCUGGAGUCAGGGAAGGCAGAGGAGGUGAAAGGCUUAGGAGUUCAGAGCCCCAAACUACAUGUAAAUGCAGACCAGCCAGACGAGCAUUUGAGAAUAUCAAAAGCCACUUUGAUGGGGAUGGUCAGUAGUGCAGGGUUUUUUAGGGGGCAUGUGUGUGCAGGGAGAGGGAUGAUUAACUUUUCCUCAGCAGGUGUACUUCUGCUCCAAAUCCCUCCCCUCCUCCAUGCUACGUCCCUCAAUCUGAAGUCCAGAUACAUAUUGCCAAGCACAAGCUUACACUCAGGCCCACCAACUGUAAGGGGCCGCCUUGUCUUCAGCCUCUUCAAUAUUUGUUGGAAAGGGCUGGGACAGCUCAGUGCUGAGGGGGCCUGGCAUGCGCCAUCACACACAUUGCGUGUUGCAGCUUCAGCAGCUGGCUCCUUCAGAGUGCUCGGUCUCCUCCAGGCAGCAUGACAUCACACUGUGACAUCACACACACACACGAUACACGACAGGCCCCCUCUUUUUUUAAAAAUGAUUUUUACUGGUUUUGCAAAAUAAAUCUCACAAUUAACACAAUUAAAUUUUAGAAUCAAACAAGAGUCUUCCGAAUCUUAGGACUUACCUCCUCCCCUCCAGGAUCCUGCCAGAGCCCUCACGCCUCCUACCCAAGCCCAGCCACAGACUGGGGAUGCGUCAAAUGUUGCUGAGGACCGCACUAUAAGACCUCGCUUGUUGGACUACCCUGAUCUAAAAUCUUUAAAAUAAAAUAAAAGCUGAAUAUCCAGGCAAGAAGCCUGGGAUAUUAUUGCUCAUUCACCACCGCCACCACCACCACAGCCCACUUCUCCCUGUGUCUAUAACCUUGAACGAAUUUCCACCUUACUUUUCAUCCAUGGCUCUGUUUCCCCCACAUUCGUCCAUCUGAAGUCCUGUUCUAUCUUUUUCCUAGCACGGUCAUAGGGAAACCACAACACUCAGGCCUAGUUAGGGCCUCAGAUCUUAGGAGAUUGGGUGAUCCAUGCUCAUCCUUCCAGCACCUGAUGUCACAUGUGGCAUUGGGCAUGGGAGAGUUCAAGGCGCAGGUGCUUCGAUGGAAGAAUUAGGAGCACACUCCCAAGUGUGCUUUUGUUUCUUCCUUUGCAGGCAAAAUUCAGUGCUUUUAAAACUUGGUAACUUUUCCUGUUCUCCUUCAGCUUCAGUACGUUUGCUCUAGUCGCUUUAGGCUGUAACCUUACACAGUGAGAUUUACUUUCCCAAGCCAAUACGUUUAGGGCUGUGAUGUUGGCUGGGGGAAUUCUUGUGUCUUACUGUACCGAAAGAGCCUCAAAACCUUUGUGCAGAAAUCAUUUACAGUGAUGGUGUUAUGUACUGAAGUUCUCACCCUGGGCCAGCAGGGGGGUACUGUAGAUAGUUAUGCAAAUAAGGGAUCGAAAGUGACGUUCAGUGAUUGGAUAGUUUUAGAAAAUUGUUACAGUUACGUUGUACUGGAGCUCUAUAUAAGCAGGCUGACUGAACCCUUCAGUUCAGUUCUGUUCUGGUCUGUGAAUAAACAAGAGCUGUUUGAAGAAUCGCUGUGUCAUCUGAUAUGUUCACCCACAACUUAACAGAUGGCUCUUUAUUACAGAUGAGAUUUGGUUGAAGCCAUACGUUGACCUCCAGCCCUAUGACGAUCCCAGCAGGGGAGUCCUAGAAUUCACAAAAGAGCUAGACCCAUCUGUUGUCACCAUGGAGACUGUUAUUGGUGAAGGUGCGUAUCAUGAGGUUUCUGCUCUCUCUGGUCAGGAGAUCCCCUUUUUCUAUAUCCCUAAUACCCACUUUUUCUUUCCUCUGAAUGCUUCACAGGCGAGUUUGGGGAGGUCUACUGUGGGAACCUGCGUUUCCCAGGGAAGGAACGUGUCGUGGUGGCCAUCAAGACCUUGAAGUCAACUUACUCAGACUCAACAUGGUGGAACUUCUUGCGCGAGGCGACGAUCAUGGGCCAGUUCAAUCACCCCAACAUUGUCCGCUUGGAAGGAGUCGUUACAAAACGUAAGGGCUCAGCCAUAAUAAUAAUAAUAAUUUAUUAUUUAUUUUUUAUACCCCGCCCAUCUGGCUGGGCUUCCCCAGCCACUCUGGGCAGCUUCCAAAAAAAUAUUAAAAUACUGCAAUACAUCAAACACUAAAAGCUUCCCUAAACAGGGCUGCCUUCAGAUGUCUUCUAAAGUCUGGUAGUUGUUGUUCUCUUUGACAUCUGGUGGGAGGGCGCCACUACCAAGAAGGCCCUCUGCCUGGUUCCCUGUAACUUGGCUUCUCACAGUGAGGGAACUGCCAGAAGGCCCUCGGUGCUGGACCUCAGUGUCCAGGUAGAACGAUGGGGGUGGAGACGCUCCUUCAGAUAUACUGGACCGAGGCCGUUUAGGGCUUUAAAGGUCAGCACCAACACUUUGAAUUGUGCUCGGAAACGUACUGGGAGCCAAUGUAGGUCUUUCAAGACCGGUGUUAUAUGGUCUCGGCGGCCGCUCGCAGUCACCAGUCUGGCUGCCGCGUUCUGGAUUAGUUGUAGUGUCCGGGUCACCUUCAAAGGUAACAUGAUGGGGCAGGAGCGCCUGGUGGUGGAAUGGGACUGUUUUCACUACGUGGAAUCACCAGUGAUUGUGAGGCUUCUGUGGAAGGUACUGGAGCAGCAUGUGGGAGCUACCAGAUUCAGUCCUUGGCAUCUUCAAUGAGAAUACUAAUAAUAAUAAUAUUUUUUUUGGUACCCUGCCCAUCUGACUGGGUUGCCCCAGCCACUCUGAGUGGCUUCCAACAUGCAUAAAAACAUAAUAAAACACCAACAUUAAAAAGCUUUCCUACGCAGGGCUGCCUUCAGAUGUCUUCUAAAGUUUAUAUACUUAUUCCAUAAUAAUAAUAAUAAUAAUAAUAAUAAUAAUAAUAAUAGAAAUCAUCCCUGCCCUGUGAGCUUGGAGGACUACAUAGCAGACAAUAACUGGGCAAGAGGGACCAGAAGCUUCAUGUGUUCAAAAGGUUAAAAUGACUUUUCCAUUUGGAUUUUGGGGGGAAGCCCAGAGAGCCACUACCAGCCGAUGGGAAGUAAGGUGAGGGCACCACAAGUAAUUUUCUUUUCUUUUCUUUUUUCUUCCCAGGACACCCAAUGAUGAUUAUCACAGAAUACAUGGAAAAUGGGGCUCUGGACACCUUCUUACGGGUAAGUCCUUUUUCGUCAGUCACUUAGGCAUCGCCGGUUGGUAAAGCUGUAUCAGAGCUGUAUUAAUUCAGAUUGCAGGUGGAGACUCCAUGCAAAAGGAAAUUCAGCCUAACAAAAUGAGCACGUUGGAGAGAGAAGGGUCAGCUAGAACCCGUCCCAAUGCCAAAUCAUUUUCUAUAUGCACACUUUUUAAUUUUUGCAUGGAGGAGUAUUUAGCCAUGUCAUUCCCCAGUGCCACUACAAGUGAUGGAGCCUGAGUUCUUUUCUGCAGUUUUCUUUUAGCAUUAUUGGGGGUUGUUGUUGUUGUUUUAGAUUAAUUUGAUAAGAUUUAAUUUAUAUUAGCCACCUUGGAAUCUCUUACCUUGAACAGCUGGAUAUUCUUGGGAACUGAGUAUCUUGGGUCAUGCCUGGAUAAGUUGUGACCGACUGGGCUGAAUGUAGACCCAUCAGCCAUAUCCACCAGCCCAUCAGGAACUCCAGACACAGCCCCCCCAGAUUUUGUGGUCUAUCUGGGACUAAGAAGCAAAGGGCUGGCAAGCCACAGUCCAUGACUGUUGCACACUGUAUUUGUUUUUUGGUAGGACACAGGCUGGGGUGGCCACAGAGCCUAGGACUUGCUGAUCAGAAGGUCGGCGGUUCGAAUCCCCGCGACGGGGUGAGCUCCCGUUGCUCGGUCCCUGCUCCUGCCAAACUAGCAGUUCAAAAGCACGUCAAGUGCAAGUAGAUAAAUAGGUACUGCUCCGGCGGGAAGGUAAACGGCGUUUCCGUGCGCUGCUCUGGUUCGCCAGAAGCGGCUUAGUCAUGCUGGCCACAUGACCCAGAAGCUGUACGCUGGCUCCCUUGGCCAGUAAAGCGAGAUGAGCGCCGCAACCCCAGAGUCGGCCACGACUGAACCUAAUGGUCAGGGGUCCCUUUACCUUUAUAACGUUUCAUUGCCAUGACAAUUCCGAAACUGCAUUCUUCACUGUGAAACAAGCGGCUAAGCACAGUGAGAAGACUUUUCUUUGUGCCUGUGUUUGUGCUUCAGGAGAACAUGGACAAGUUCAGUUCGGUGCAGCUUGUGACAAUGUUGCAGGGCAUUGCCUCGGGAAUGACCUACCUGUCAGACCGCAACUAUGUGCACCGGGACCUGGCGGCCCGCAACAUUCUGGUGUCUCAUAACCUUCAGUGCAAGGUUUCAGAUUUUGGUCUUUCUCGGAUAUUAGAAAACGACGUGGAGGGAACUUACGAAACGAAGGUAAAAUUGUGAAAACAAGAGAAAUGAAGUAGGGUGAUGUAUCAAUAUAUUAUCCAAAACUGGUUUGAAGUCCAUAUCGUGAUAUUGGUUUCAUAGUUUUUCACCUGGCAAUAUAUUGAUGUGUGUGUGUGUGCGCUACGCAAUAAUCACAGCAUGGGAAAAACUGUGAAGCCAGCCAAUGCCUCUCCACAUAGUUCCAUCCUUAUUUCAGACAUUGUGAUAUAUCAGUAUUUGCAAUGUUUAGCUGGUGAUAUAUCAAGACGCACAAAUAACUGGGACAAUUUAGGUCUGUUGUUGUAUUAAGGCAACUUUUCCCCCCGUGUGACCUUGGCUCUGUGCCAGCAGAAGACAGGCUGCUGUUUCUCUUGUAGAGCUGGGCCAAAACUAACACACUUACUCAGAACUCCAAUGAGCCAAACGGCAGGUAACUUUCUGAUUGUUUAGACUGGGUAUGGUGAAAUGCCUAUAUAAAGUACCAUAUUUUUUGCUCUAUAAGACUCACUUUUUCCCUCCUAAAAAGUAAGGGGAAAUGUGUGUGUGUGUCUUAUGGAGUCAAUGCAGCCUGCGCAGCUAUCACAGAAGCCAGAACAGCAAGAGGGAUUGCUGCUUUCACUGCACAGCGAUCCCUCUUGCUGUUCUGGCUUCUGAGAUUCAGAAUAUUUUUUUUCUUGUUUUCCUCCUCCAAAAACUAGGUGCGUCUUGUGGUCUGGUGCGUCUUACAGAGCAAAAAAUACGGUACUUAAGGGAGUAACACAGACCAAGUCAGAGCAUUCUCAGAAAUAAAGUUUUAUUUUUUUAAAGUACAAAAAAAUGAUAAUUGAACAGUGGAAAACUUUCCAGGAACUGAGAGGGAAAGAGGAAGAAGGGGCUGUACAACAUGCCUUUGGUGUCAAGAGGCAGAAGGAAGAAGACGAUUAAAGUCUGAAAUGUAGUCAGAGAGAGGAGAACUUCACCAAUCCUUUUCAGUUUUGUCGGAGAAUGGGCACCAGGGUCCAAGGGUAUGAAGAUGAGCAUCCAACAGGACCCUGGCUGGGAUGUCUGCCAGAAAUCUAACAUACUUUGAAGAACUGGGACGUGGAGACUCAAAUAGGGCCAGGACCAUUAUAGACUUGAGAAGGGAGGGGCUUGAUGGAUAUAAAAGGAUGAUGUUGGAAGAGUGAUUUCCAGGUUUGAACUAAAAGAAGUUUAAUGUCUUCCAGUACUACUAAUAUCCUACUCUUUAAUUAAGUAGGCAAUUGAUAAUAUUGGACCUCAAGGGAGCUUGGGCAUUUGCCUUCUCAGGAGGUCUAAGUCUAGCUGGGUUGGGGGCUACUCUCUUCUCUAUGUCAUUAGAGAAUUUUGUCAAGAAACCUGGAUUUUGCCCUCUGCAUCUUGAUAAAUUACUUCCUGCUACAUUCAAACAAAAUGGAAACUUUAUGAUCCAAGGUUCCAAGGAACACCAGCUUGAGCUCCUGGCAACAACACCACGUUUUGCUUGCUUACUUAUGUGUGUGUGUUUCACAACUUUUUUCUACCCCGGGGAAGGAGGAAGGGAGUGGCUUUGUGGGCUCCUAGAUUGCAGUUGAAUAGCCAAACCGUAGUUUCCAUUUCACAGUUGCAACCUCUUUCUCGACAGGGUGGCAAGAUCCCUAUCCGAUGGACAGCGCCUGAAGCUAUUGCCCAUCGAAUCUUCACCUCAGCCAGUGAUAUCUGGAGUUUUGGCAUUGUCAUGUGGGAGGUGCUGUCCUAUGGCGACAAGCCAUAUGGGGAUAUGACCAAUCAGGAGGUAAGAGGGUCAAGGGAAACGCUUAUUGAGCAAGGAAACCACCUCCUGGGUUAGCAGAGCUGGAGCUGAACUAGAAUAGAUUGUAAUAAAGAACACGUUUCCAGAUUUCCCCAUGGCCCAAAAUUCCGUUUCCUACUUUCCUGAAGGGAGCAGCCAUAGUUGGGCAGCCCAACUGAGAUCCAUUUGUCAUGAGUUUCAGUACAUUAACCAAUUUGAUUAAAUCUGCAUAGGAGAAAAAACAAUGGGUUGCGUCCAGUGCUCUGCCAGCAUAAAUCUGUGGGUGCAGUAGGGCUUCCAUUUCCUCUUCUCCACACACUCCCAAAUCCACUUUGGAGGAUCCCCCAACCCCCCUGAAGAUGAUUUUGGGGGCAUGCAGGGGCUGGAGGGGAUGUGGGUGGCUCUGUGGGUUAAACCACAGAGCCUAGGACUUGCUGAUCAGAAGGUCGGCGGUUCGAAUCGCCACGACGGGGUGAGCUCCCGUUGUUCCGUCCCUGCUCUUGCCAACCUAGCAGUUCGAAAGCACGUCAAAGUGCAAGUAGAUAAAUAGGUACUGCUCCGGCGGGAAGGUAAACAGCGCUUCCGUGCGCUGCUCUGGUUCGCCAGAAGCGGCUUAGUCAUGCUGGCCACAUGACCCGGAAGCUGUAUGCCAGCUACCUCGGCCAAUAAAGCGGGAUGAGCGCUGCAACCCCAGAGUCGGCCACAACUGGACCUAACGUUCAGUGGUCCCUUUACCUUUACUAGGGGCUGGAGAGGACAGGGGGCUUGUCUACUUUCCCUCUGCUCUUUCCAAGCACAGGUCCGUGCUUAAAAGCUCAGUGUCUGAGUGUGGUUUUGUUUUGCCCCAAGCUUUCCCCUCAAAAACCUGCUCUUUAGCGCUCAAUUGGAGCAAACGUCAGUUCAGGCUUUCUGUGGAUUGCUGUUUGCUCUGACUGAGCUUUAAAGAGCUCCAGAGGAAAAUUGUGUACUUGGACAUAGUCCCUGGAAAAAGCAGAGAAAAAGUGUGAAGCUCUGAGAGGAAGAGGAAACGUGUUACCAGCAAAGCUCAAGUUUUGGAUAUGGCCCAGCAGUUUAGAAGGGAACCUCACACACUGCUUUCAAAUGACAUACAGUAGCAGCAUCUCUCCUUUAAGUAUUUCUCCUUCUCAAACACGCGGAAAUGGAUGCAUUUUCUAAGAUGCCGCUCAUCCAUAACUUUUGCUGUUCAACUGGUAUCAGAAUUACUUUUAACAGAAGAAUGUGGUGACCUCCUUAGCUUAUACGUUUUUAAUGAAUUAAUCAAAUGGAUUAAAUGUGGCAGUUCCAAUUCCAAAGGAUUUCCCAAUAGACAUUACGCUCCUGAGAAAGUAGCCCUCAACUCCAGUUUCUUAGGUAGCUGUGUGCUAAGGAAUGUUUGCCCUGUUCACAGUGAUCUUGUGUUUUACCUGGAACAGGUGAUGAAGAGCAUAGAGGAUGGGUAUCGGCUCCCCCCACCUGUGGACUGCCCAUCCGUCCUUUACGAGAUCAUGAAGGUGUGUUGGUCAUAUGACCGGACCCGGAGGCCCCGCUUCCGUGAGAUCUUCGCUCAGCUAGAGCACUUCAUCUCCAGUCCACAUUUGCUUCGAACUGUGGCCGACUUUGACCCCAGGUAAGUGAUAUGCAGGGCAAUACUUAGGGGACAGAGCUGUGUAAAUUUGUGUGCAUACACACAGGCACACACAAAGGGGAAGAAUCCAAAAAAAAGCUGAAUUCUACAUGCGGUCUUACAGCGUUACCUUGGUUCUUGAAUGGCUUAGUUGUCGAACAAAUCGGCUCCUGAACACUGCAAACCCGGAAGUGUUUUGGUUUGCAGACAUUUUUUGGAAGCCGAACGUCUGACGUGGCUUCCUUCCGCUUGAGUGCAGGAAGCUCCUGCAGCCAAUCGGAAGCUGCGCCUUGGUUUUUGAACAGUUUCGGGAGUGGAAUGGACUCCUGGAACAGAUUAAGUUCGCGAACCAAGGUACCACUGUAUUUAUAUAUAUAUUAUUUGUUAGUCACUUUUCUUACCAAGUUAAUUCAAAGUGGCUUUCAUUAAAACAAAUUAAAAACCAACAUUAAAAACCUAAAAACAGAAAGGCGGGACCAGAGGUCCCACCCCACUAAAAGCGGCAAUGCCACCCUUCAAAUUAAGGGCCCAAAACUCAGGAGAAAAGGACUUGCCUGGCACCUAAAACUGGAUAAAGAUGUUGUCAGGCCCAAUUCUGCAUAGCUGGAUAAUCUCUUUUCUUUUGGCCCGGCUUAUUCCCUGCAUGCUGAAUUCUGUACACACCCUCGCAUUCUGUGCUUUUGGAGCACGUCUGCAGAGUUGUACCCUGGCCUUCAAGGUGUUCGUGGCAUCAGUGCCAGCCUGGGUUGCAUCAAGUGCCACAGUGGCUUCUCCAUGCUAGUCUAUGGGAUGCCAUAAACGCCCCCUGGGUAAAGGGCAGACAUUUCUCUCCAGCUCCAUCAGAAGGGGGUGGGGGGCGUGCUGGUCUUCCCAUGAACUGCAUUGAUUUUAAGUGUCGCAUCAGGUCUGAAAAUGCCUAUCAAUCCCCAGGGUGACGCUCCGCCUCCCCAGCUGCAGUGGCUCCGAUGGGAUUCCUUAUCGGUCUAUCCCAGAGUGGUUGGAAUCCAUCCGCAUGAAGCGCUACAUCAUCAACUUCCGCACUGCCGGCCUGAACACCAUGGAAUCCGUCCUGGAGCUUUCUGCCGAGUAAGCACUGGGCACCCUGAAUUUGGGAUUCUGCUCUUCCAGGGCAGAAGAGAGGAGAGGGAAGGGAGGACAUGCAGCUAGGUGCCACCGUGUCGAUUGCACCUCCCCACAGCAUACAAAGACAUUCAGGGAUGCGGGUGGUGCUGUGGUCUAAACCACUGAGCCUCUUUGGGCUUCCUUAUCAGAAGGUCGGUGGUUCGAAUCCCUGCAAUGGGGUGAGCUCCCGUUGCUCUAUCCCAGCUCCUGCCAACCUAGCAGUUGGUAAGCACACCAGUGCAAGUAGAUAAAUAGGUACUGCUGUGGCGGGAAAGUAAAUGGCAUUUCUGUGCAUUCUGGCUUCCGUCACGGUGUUCCGUUGCGCCAGAAGCGGUUUAGUCCUGCUGGCCACAUGACCUGGAAAGCUGUCUGUGGACAAACGCCGGCUCCCUCGGCCUGAAAGCGAGAUGAGCACUGCAACCCCAUAGUUGCCUUUGACUGGACUUAAGCAUCCAGGGGUCCUUUUACCUUUACAAAGAAAUUCAUAUGCACAGGAUUAGCAAAAUAAUCUCUCUGCCUGUCCGCUGAUGCCUUAACUACCAAGCUUGUACCCCUCUACAAGCACUUCUCAUUAUAGCUGUUCUUAGGGUUGCCAGCUUUUCUCACCCUGCUCUCUUGUAUCUGGGUUCCGUGCAGACAUUGAGCAGACACCGCAGCUUUUCCUGGUACAGAGGCCGAGUGACCAGGAAAAGGUUUCAUGUGCUAACUUUCUCUGUGUUAAGCUAUAAUUCAAGGACGAGAGGAGGGCCAAUAAAAGGCCAAAAUCCUGGCCAGAAGAUGGAGAGAGAGAGAGAGACAUUCUCCUGCAGCUUGUAAAGACAAGAGUGAGAUAGAUCCUUGUAUCCAGAUUAUGAUUGCCCAACGGAGUCUGUUGCUGUGGUUGAAAAGCAGGCAGAGAACCAACAGCUUAAGUCAGAGCAUAAUCCGAAAGAGUCACAGUGAUGCUUUGUUGGAGAGCAGAGAAUAUGUGAGUUAAGAGGCCUGGUUAACCUUUGGCCUUCCAGAUGUUGUCAGACUCCCAGCUGCUGUCAGCCCCAGAUAGCAUCAACAAGGGUGAUGGAUAAUGGGAGCUGAGAGUCCAACAACAUUGGGGGGGGGGGGUGCAAAGGUUCCCCAGCCUUGAGCUAGAGCCAUCUCCAUCACAAUCUCAUUUUGUAUGUGGGCUGGUAGUGAGGCUGAAAACAAGCAGGGUGGUUCUUCCCCUCACCCCCCUUCAGAAAUUAAGGUGGUUUGAAUAGGGCAAUUUACCUAUUCAUUUACUCCCUCCUGCCUCACAGUUGACUCUGGUGAAACAGGUUUUACAGUGGUACCUCAGGUUAAGAACUUAUGUAAUUCGUUCUGGAGGUCUGUUCUUAACCUGAAACUGUGCUUAACCUGAAGCACCACUUUAGCUAAUGGGGCCUCCUGCUGCCUCUGCGCCGCCGCUGCACGAUUUCUGUUCUCAUCCUGAAGCAAAGUUCUUAACCCGAGGUAAUAUUUCUGGGUCAGCAGAGUCUGUAACCUGAAGCAUAUGUAACCUGAAGUAUAUGUAACCCGAGGUACCACUGUAUAGGUUUCUGUAAGGCUUCAAAAAUCUGCAAAAGCUGGCCAGAGAAGUCAGCAAGAUAAAAAAAGAUCCUAGUAAAGGUUUACUCAAGAACUGAUUUCAGUGGGACCUCCUUCCUAGUGAGCAGGCAUAGGAUUCACUGGCAAGCUGGAUAUGUAAGAAAUAUUUGCAGAAGUAAUAAGCAUAGCCUUCCAUUAAGAGCAUAAGAUAAAAUCACUAACGCAUACCAAAAUACCGGACACAUAUGAAAAUAAUCAUAUGGAACCAAGGAAUUAGCAUCAGCAUACCAAAAUUCACAUGAGACAGUUAAGAUAACUGCUGGCAUCCAUCACACUGCUAAGGAAUUGUUGCAUUGUGUAAGAUUGUAUUUGUGCAUCUUAGUAUAUUUAAUUUUAUGGAUGAUAUACUAUGCUUUAGCAGAGUGACACUUUUGCAGGUUCUGCCCAUAGUUUUGCAGUUUCCUGAAGCUCUUUUAUCACCUUCCCAGUGAAUUAACAUGUCUUUUUUGGGAUCUGUCACAACACCUCCAAGCGCUCUAAAAUAUGUUGUCUGACUCCCACCUUGCAGAGAGUUUUGCCAGAUCCACCUUGUGAGACAGCAACUGGAAAUGGUGAUAUUUCUGAGCUGGGUCCAUGCCUUGAGCUCAGCUGAAUUUCUAGGAAUGGACUUUGGUAGGACACAUAACAAGUGGUGGGGAAAUAUUAUUAACUUGUAAGAUAUGGAUUUGUGGGGGGUUUUGUAUGUUGCUCUUUGUGUUUUGUGUAGUCAUUUUUCGUGAUGUUGUGUGGAAAAUACUAAUAAAAUUUAUUAAUAAAAAAACCAACAAGUGGUGGGGAAAGGGGACAGAGGUUUCUUAGGGUGGUACAGCUUUAUGAAACCCUCUGCCUGUCUAGCAGUCUCAAUCUCUCUUCACCAGCUAAGGUAAAGGGUAAAGGGAUCCCUGACCAUUAGGUCCAGUCGUGGCCGACUCUGGGGUUGCGGCGCUCGUCUCGCUUUAUUGGCCAAGGGAGCCGGCGUACAGCUUCCGGGUCAUGUGGCCAGCAUGACUAAGCCGCUUCUGGCGAACCAGCGCAGCGCAUGGAAAUGCCGUUUACCUUCCCGCUGGAGCAGUACCUAUUUAUCUACUUGCACUUGACAUGCUUUCGAACUGCUAGGUUGGCAGGAGCAGGGACCGAGCAACGGGAGCUCACCCCGUCGCAGGGAUUCGAACCGCUGACCUUCUGAUCGGCAAGUCCUAGGCUCUGUGGUUUAACCCACAGCGGCACCUACGUCCCGCACCUGCUAAACAAGGCAGCUAAUAUUUCUCCCCUCCUGUUUUUUCCAAGGGACUUGAAGCAAAUGGGUGUGACCCUUCCUGGCCACCAGAAGCGUAUUCUGUGCAGCAUCCAAGGCUUCAAAGAGUGAUGGGGGUCUGGCAUCACCAAGCUGUCACUGAACCCAACGCCACAGAGCCCAGCAGAACAAGGAGAAGAGAAGGGGAACAGACUGAGCCGAUCUUGCAGUGGCGCAGCAAGCACUGGCCUGGGGCUCUGAGAGUUGAUGGCAGAGUCUGCAGCAUGUGCACCACCAACAUUCCUUGUGCCCCAUAGCGCACAGGUUGGGACUUGAGCUUCCCAAUGCAGAAAGCAACACUCCACGAGGCUCCCUGCAGAUACUAACGCCAGAGAAGUGGCCAGCGCUUAAAAUGCAAACUCCUUGCUUCUCUCUCAUUUUCUGUCUUGCCACCUCUUGUUUCGUUCUUGUGUUUCUACUCCCGCAGCAGCCACUCUGCCCGUCGCAUUUCAUAGUGACUAAGGAAGCAAGGUGUACUUAAAAUUAUAAGCAGAGCUGAAACCAUUCUGCCGGCAAAGCCAUUAUCUAGCAAUAAGGGGUCCCUUCAAAUGCAAAAGUUGUGCUUGAAGACUCAGGGAUUGGGGGACGGGACUUGCCAUUGUUUGCACAGUUCCUGGGACCAAGACUGCCUACCUUGUACCUUAGCUCAGUGGCCUGGACUUGCCUUUAUCACACAGCGUUAGAUCAAAUUUAUACUGCUCCCCUUGUUGCUUAUGUGUCUUAUUUUCUCUCCUGGAGCCCAGUCCUAAGAGCAAAAAUGGCUUGUUUACAGUUAGGCACCACAUGCUCCAGAGAGCUUUGCUUCCUCAAGUUGAGGAUGUUGCCUAUAUAUAUUUAAAAUAGCAGGAUGGGGAGGUGAGAAAGAAAACCCGGACCUGGGGUUGUGUGUUGUAUAUAUGGUUUUGUAAAUAAAAGUAUCCAAUCUG